AUGACGUCGGGAAUACAUAGACAGUGGCGUCUCCAGGAUUCAUACUUAGGAAGUAAGUACCAGACGUGGACUGAAACGUUGAUGAUGUUGCUUCGUUUUUAAUGGAUCUUCAAUAAAAUGUCACUUUUUAAGACUACAAGACCGUGAGUGCAAGCCUCUCCAUUUAUAUAUUAAAUGUAUAUAUACACACACACACACACAUACACAGGGCUCAACAAAUACCAGGCACCAGGUCGCCAUGGCGACUAGACAUUUUGCCCUGUCUCCUGGCAUUUGUCAGCCCUUUUGCUAUGCCUCGCAGGAAACAUUAAAGCCAGCCGCCGCGGGGAGCAUGGAGGCAGUGUGUGAGGGAGCAGUAAUCUUCCUGCAGUUCCUCUCUGCUCCCUUGUGCGCUGUUUAGUGACAUGACGUUACUCCGGCCCCGGCAUCUCUACAGAGAGCACACAGGGAAGCAGAGAGAAACGGCAGGAAGACUGGGAGGAGACCCACUGGACACCAGGGAAAGAUCCACUCUGCUCUCCCAAAGGCUGGGUGGAUUUAAAUAAAAAUAGCAAUUUGUGAUUGUGUGAGAAAAAAAUAAAUAAAUGAGUGUGUGAGUGUAUGUGUACUGGGGUUGCAUUGUGUGCUUAUCAAGGAGUCUACAGCCGCCAGGACUAAGAAAGUUCAUACUCGACAGAGAAUUGUCAGGCAAAAUAUUGUCAUGGGCAAAUGCAAAUAUUACAAGUUUUAGAAUGAAAUGUAUUUCUUAAACUGUGUACUUUGUCUUUAAGAGAUAUUGCAAACUGACAAGGUGUUAGAAAUGGAACAUAUUGUUUUUCAUAACUGUUUCUUUAAGCAAUAACCUCAGUGCAUAAUAUGUUUGCGCCAUUUUGUCCCAGAUGAAUUACAAUAACAAUAAUGCAUAAACAAGCUUCAAGGCUAUGCUACGACUCUUUCAGUACACAAUAUACUGUGGUAACCUUAGUAGAUAAGGAUGUUCGGACUUUAAGAUGACCUAAGUCAGGAAAAUUUCCAUGACGUAUACACCCUUUAGUUAUGGCCUUGUAUGUUUGCCAAAUUAAGGGAGGUCCUAAAAUGAAUAAAGUAAAAGAAGUGUUUAUAUAUGAACUACGGUGACCCUAAAAUGGAGACACCUAUGGUAUAAAUAGGUGUACUUUUAAAUGUUAAGACACAGAGGAGAGACUUGGAGACAGACGCUGCUCCAUCUUAAAAUAACAGAGAGGCUGACAUGAUGACAUGUUCAGAAGGGUAUGUUAACCUAUUAAUGAUAUUUGCAAGCAUGUAAUUUAAUCUUAUCAACUCUGCUAUAAUGGAUUUUAUAUUUAUAUUUUUAUAUAAUAAAUAUCCAAAAAGACAAAACUAUUGCUUCCAAGACAAUCCUUAUUUUAUAUUGUAUUCUCAAUUAUUUAUAUAUGUUAAAUAGAGGAUCUCUUACACUAUAUAAAAUUAUGGCUAAGAUAUCUGUAUGGUUAGCCCUGCUCAGUUCUAUGCUUUAAGACAUUAUAGUGGUAAAUAGGGGAACCAGCCGCGGUUACAAUAUAUAUUAAUUUUACAGCUAAUUUUCAGGCUGAAUCUGAGGGGCUGCAGCCAUGUGCGACCUGCUCGGUUGUCCGUCAGGCCUCAUCCCUUGUCUAGUUGUUUAUGUCUGCUGCUCAUUCCUUGGUUACACAUGGUCUGUGGUUGUGAGGCCGGUUGGAUGUGCUGCCAAAUUCUCUGAAACGCCUUUGGAGGCGGCUUUUGGUAGAGAAAUGCUCUGGUGGACAUUCCUGCAGUCAGCAUGCCAAUUGCAUGCUUCCUCAAAACUUGCGACAUCUGUGGCAUUGUGCUGUAUGACAAAACUGCACAUUUUAGAGUGGCCUUUUAUUGUGGCCGGCCUAAGGCACAUCUGUGCAAUAAUCAUGCUGUUUAAUCAGCAUCUUGAUAUGCCACACCUGUGAGAUUAUCUCGGCAAAGGCGAAGUGCUCACUAACACAGAUUUAGACAGAUUUGGGAACAAUAUUUCAGAGAAAUAUGCCUUUUGUAUAUAUAGAAAACAUUGAGUUCAACUCAUGAAAAAUGGGGGCAAAAACUAAAGUGUUGCGUUUAUAAUUUUAUUCCUUGUAUUUAGAAUAUGUAUGGGGGCACUUGCAGAGAAACCUUUUAAGUUAGGGAGGAAUAAACCUAUAGUUAAAAAUGUAAGGAUUUUUUUUUUGGUUCAGAACUUGGACAAUUGCCUCUGUCUUUAUGGGGUAAAACUAAAUGUCAAAUAAAUAUAUGUGAUUUCAAAAGUAAUAAAGAGUGGAUUCUGCUAAUGCAUAAUAUUGAGAGAAAAGCAGAAAUUAAAAGUAAAAUAAAGAAUCUAAAUGUAUAUAAUAUUGUGGUUAUCAAUGCUCAUACUAGCCCUAUACCAACUGUGCCAAACACAUGUUUGGGUAAAAGUCCAAUAAGCCUUUACCAGUUAAUUACUCUGACAGGCGCCGCUCCAUAUAUGACUUUCCCUUGCUUUCUAGUUUAACAAAGAAAUGAUAGGAAUGUUUCUUUGCAUAAUUGCCGGUCCUUAAAGGAACACUAUAGUCACCUAAAUUACUUUAGCUAAAUAAAGCAGUUUUAGUGUAUAGAUCAUUCCCCUGCAAUUUCACUGCUCAAAUCACUGUCAUUUAGGAGUUAAAUCACUUUGUUUCUGUUUAUGCAACCCUAGCCACACCUCCCCUGGGUAUGAUUGACAGAGCCUGCAUGAAAAAAAAAAACUGGUUUCACUUUCAAACAGAUGUAAUUUACCUUAAAUAAUUGUAUCUCAAUCUCUAAAUUGAACAUUAAUCACAUACAGGAGGCUCUUGCAGGGUCUAGCAAGCUAUUAACAUAGCAGGGGAUAAAAAAAAAUCUUAAUUAAACAGAACUUGCAAUAAAGAAAGCCUAAAUAGGGCUCUCUUUACAGGAAAUGUUUAUGGAAGACUGUGCAAGUCACAUGCAGGGAGGUGUGACUAGGGUACAUAAACAAAGGGAUUUAACUCCUAAAUGGCAGAGGAUUGAGCAGUGAGGCUGCAGGGGCAUAUUCUAUACACCAAAACUGCUUCAUUAAGCUAAAGUUGUUUAGGUGACUAUAGUGUCCCUUUAAGACUUUUUAUUUUAAAGGAAGGGGGGCAGGGGGAGGUUAAAUAUAGCCUUGACUUACUAGUUUUGGAUAAACUUUUAAUAUUCUUCAAAAUAUUAAAUAUAUUAUGUAUAAAAAAAUUAUAUUUUAAAAAAUCAAAAUUUAUAAUAUUCAGUACAUUUUUCAAGAUAUUAAAUUAUUUUUAAAAUCUGGAAAUUUGAGCUCAGGAUCAAACGAGUGGAGAAAAGGAAAUAUGAGAUAUGAGUAAUAAGAUCAUGAGUAAAGGUCGUGGAUAGAGAGGGCAUAAGCUGAAAAGUAAGCUAAUAUGAGUUAACACCAGAGUUAUGCACAAUUUUUUUAUUUUUUUUUUUACAGCUGGUAUGAACGAAUCAAAUUCCUUUUAAUCUACACUUGCACAAACUGAUCCAUAUUGGAAUUACCAGUGACAUCUUAUUCAAGUAAUACAACUCCACUGGUAAAUAUGUCUCUUAACCACGCCGACUUCAGCAGGACAGUCCCAUCAUAAGUGUCCUGCAUUUUGGGUCGCCAUGGAACAGUCCACAAAAAAAAGCAGCGCGAGUGACGCUUUGUGAACUGUAGAGAGUACUGAAACAGUGAUCCCUGCAUGGCCUGGCCUGGAUUUGCCUUUGUGAUUGGCAGGCAGCCUGGUAUGCCUUUAUGCCAGCCUGACCUGUCAAUUCUUAGGGUGGGUCUGGCCCACACCCCCUUUGCCCCAGUUGCCAGUGUCCUAUUUGAUAAGGCGCCAAUGUUGGAAGGUAUGAUAAAUCUUGGAUGGGUAGAUUCGUUUGAAUUUUAAAAUAAAAUUGAUUUGUUCGGUACUAGCUGUAAAGGAGGUCUACUUAGCACUCCCUUACGCAUAGGAGUGUGCAGCCUAUUGCAUUAAGGUGUGCACCCUAAAGCACAAGCACACGCCGCGUAUAUAUAUGUAUGUGUGUGUGUGUGUAUAUAUAUAUAUAUAUGUGUUUAUAUAUAUAUAUAUAUAUAAAUAUAUAUAUAUACACACACACACACACACACUGCUGUGUGUGUGUGAGGGUGCUGUUAAUGUACUGUGUGGGAGGGUGCUGUCUGUGUGUGAGGAUACUGGUAAUGUGGUGUGUGUGUGUUUGUGAGGCUACUGUUAGUGUGCCGAGUGCUGUUUGUGUGCUGUGUGUAAGGGUGAUGUGUGUGUUUGUGUGGGUGCUGUAUAUGUGUUGGUGCUGUGUAUGUGUGUGGGUGCUGUGUAUGUCUGUGGGUGCUGUAUGUGUGUGGGUACAUUACUUAAUAUCCCCCCUCCCUUCUUACUUUAUGUAGGGAGGGGGGAUUCUUGUUCCUUGCUGCCUUCCCUGGUGGUCCAGUGGAGGUGGGGGCAGCUUACUUAAUAUCCCCCCUCCCUUCUCACCUUAUGUAGGGAGGGGGGAUCCUUCCUUGCUGCCUUCCCCGGUGGUCCAGUGGUGAGUGAACUCUAGCCUGCGGGGCUAGAGUUCACUCUCGCGAGAUCUGAGCGUUGCCGCGGCAGCGCUCAGAUCUCGCGAGAGGAACCCGGCGGUGCUGCCGGCAAUAGCUCCCCGGGUCCUCUCCUGCCUGUGGGUCGGUGGGGAGGGAGGCUGAGCACAGAGCCGGCGCUCGGAUAGCGCCGGCUCUGCAUGAGCCGACAGGGGAGAUCCUGAAAUCUCCCCUGCCGGUCUCAAUACAUAGACGUGCCGCAGGGAUUAGGGUGUGCCCAGACACACCCCGUGCGCACGCUUAUGCCCUUACUGAUGUUCUAAAGCAGGGAUAGGCAACAUUCGGCACUGAAGAUGUUGUGGACUACAUCCCCCAUAAUGCUCUUACGCCCAUAAUGCUGGCAAAGCACCAAGGGAGGUGUAGUCCAAAACAUCUGGAGUGCCGAAGGUUGCCUAUGCCUGUUCUAAAGGUUAAUGUCUUCAAGGCUACCUGAGUUAGCUCUACAGGGAAAUUUAAAGGUUGCUUAUUUGAGAACAAAAUUUGUCAUUCCUUUAAUACUCCUACACUGAAAAAGAAAUGCUUAUCUGAGGUGUUAUCGGAGUGCAUAAAUAAAGAAAAAAAAAUAAUGAAAGGGCUUUUCCCUAUUGGAGCAUUUUUAAUUAAUUGCUAAUUCUUUAACAUACAUUUAUUGUCCUUAAAGUAGCAGAUAUAAAAGCUGGUUAAUUGCAAUAUUUGUUUUCAAUUCCAAACAUGCUCCUACAUAGCACUUAAACCCUAACUUUCCAUUUACAGGGCACACAGGAUGCAGUUAAAACACAAUGUUUUGUUUUAGUGUUUGCUUCGCCUGGAAGCGGCCAUUUUUUGCUCAAUUCAAGCCAUUUUCAUUCUGCAAACAUUCCCGUCAGUCUCCGGCAAGACUCGGCUAUUUCCGUGCCGUAGUCGGCCUUCGAGUAAGCGGGCGUGUCCGUCGCUGGGUGUGGGUCACUCUGCCAAGCUCCGUCAGCUCGUCGUGCUUUUCCGGAGAGGUUGCGGAGGGUGACGUCAGCCCUGUGGGCCGCGGCUAUAAAUAAGGGGAGCCGCUGGCGACCAGCUCAGUCGAAGAUCUGGAGAGCUGGAGUUCGGAAGUUGGAGCGUUAUCACCCCCCCUAGAGCUGGUGAGGCCGCACCCCUUCCCUGCUGUCUGCUCCCCACACCCUCCCCAGAGCUGGGGUACACAGUGCAUGCACCAUACUGGCCCCCAAUAAACCCCCAGGCAUUAACCCCAUCAGUCCUGCAGGGCUCUCUAUUACAUAGUAUCACGUGUUAAAGCAUUAUUUAUAUAUUUUAUAGCAUAUUGUAUAGUCAAGGCACUACAUUAUAUGUGUGUAUAUAUAUAUAUAUAUAUAUAUAUAUAUAUUAUUUUUUUUUUCUCUUGUGUUAAAUCCAUAUAUAAAUUUUAUAAAUAAUUACAUUUUGUAUAUUGCUAUCUAAUAUUUAAAGGGCUACAUUUGGAGCAAAAAAGAAAAAUAUUUUUUAUAGCAGGGGGGUAUCUUGUAGAACUACAACCCCCAUUAUGCCUUGCCACCCUGCAGCCUAUUAUAAUGUAUAGAUUUUUGUUUUUUUGUCUCUUAAUGCAUGAAUAUUGGUUGCAAAGGUGUUUGAUCCAUCAUGUACAGCAGUUUGUACAUAUGGGGGGGUUACCCAGUUUUUGUCUUUUAUAAAUAUGGCCUUUAAUGAGUAAUUGUCAAUGCAGACAUCACUCCAGUAAUGCAUGUAAUGUGACCCAUUUUAUGUCUUGAUUUUUGACACUAUCCUAGUGCACAAUGUUUUCCUGCCCUGGUUUAAUCCUGUCCCAGAUGAGUAUUCAGAAUGGAGAGAGCAGAAUGUUAAUUAUAAAAAAUGCAUGAACCUGGGCUUUAGCCAGUAUAAAAUGCACAAGGCAGUCCUUGCCUAAUCCAGUGUUGACAGAUACAGUAUGUUUUAUGUCCCUUUAGUGAAUUUGCAUUUUUGUGGUGAAAAUCUUGUUAAAUGUAUUGUGAUUAUUGAUAGCCAUUUGUAAAUCCCCAGCAUAUUUGCAGCUCAAUUUUAAAAUAGGCAGACCAUCGUUAACCCUGUAGGUCAUGGCAUUUUCUUUCCGCAUAAUCAAUUUUUGGCUUUUUACCAAUCAAUGAAAUGGAACGUUGUCCUUUCAGUAUAUUUUAACAAGCCUAGCGUUCUUAUGGCCCUUGCAAUGCACACAUUUACCCCCUUCUGUUACAUCUUUGUGUGGAUGUGUAUAUCUUUAUCUUCUCGUUGGCUUGCUAUUUCUGUUUGGUAUCUGUGUAAUAUUGUUUCAGUCCUGCAUUGGCAAAUGUUGGAGAUCCAGUAUCCAAUUUCUAGUGAUGGUUUCUUUGUUUCAGGGUAUGGAGGGUGUACUGUAGUUUUUGUACUUGUGAUGUUGAGAUAUAUAAAUACAUUUGUACAUUAUAAUUGCGUCCAAUACAAAUAUCGGUGGACUAAACAAUCAGUGAAUUUAAUUUAUCAUCUAGUAUGAAUUAAUAUAAGGGUAUUUUUUUUAAUUGUAAAAGGCAAUUUAAUUAUUAAAUGAUUCCAUUCUAGAGUAGAUGCUAAAAAAAAAACCCUGCAAUUUGUCAUUCAGUAUCAUUUUGUUUUUGUAUACGUUUUAAGUCUUUGUAUGCUAUUAAUCAACAGUGUUAAAUGAUAAUGGUAGUAUUAACCCUCUGAUUGUCAAUAUAUGUGGAAGUCCUUUAGUAAACACCCCCGGGCAAUCAAAAUGUUUUGAUUUUUAUUUGUAAAUUAUAGUAGUAGCACAGUAUUGUGCAUUUUGCCAUUGUCCUCCUUUUUCAAAGAUUACAUUAACCAGAAACCCAGAGGGGGAUAGGUUUGUUCUUGUGAUAAGAUACUGUAAGGUAGAUCCUUCUAUGAGAUCUGGUUUCUCUAGAAGGUUUUUUUUCCCCAUUGUGUGCUAAUGUAAACAAGUGGAUAUUACAGAAUUUCUUUUUUUAAAUUAGCAUUUCUUGCCAAUAGAUCUGCAUCCAUUUUUAAUCUUGUUACCAGGCACUCCCACGAUUCUUCUCCAAGACAAACUGAAUAAUCUAUUUCACUCUAUCAGUUGGUAAUACAUUACGCUGAUAACCCAUUCAUUCAAGAAGUUAUUGUGAAACCGGGCAAAUGAAUCUGUGAUGUUGCACAGUGACUACAAUCUUAUAUCUUCAGUUGGGCUGCUACAGAAAAUGAUAAAUGAAUGCAGUCAUUCCGUUGUAGAAUUAGGUGUUGUACAGGUCCCUGGGACUGGAAGAGUUACAGAUUGCACCACUGGUAAAAUUAUAGGUUUAGUGUCUCUUUAAACAAGUCCAAGUCAAGCUGCAAUGUCGAUCAUGUGGGUGCAACAGGGCGUCAACUGCACUGCAGGAAUGUAAUUCAGGAAAAGAAGCUGAGCUAUUGCCUGUGACAAGGACAUGUUAAAAGUUUCAAUAGUCCCCACCCACAGUAUGCAGUAUGCUUUGGCAAUAGUUUUACCUUGUCAUAUAGACCAACUUUAUAGCCAGACAUUCUUUAUGAAGUUCUACUCUUGACAGGUGGGCAUACCUUGGUAUAAGAACUGGCUUCGUACCCGUUACAAGCAGUAUAUCCCCUUAAGGACACACGACGGACAUUUUCCGACAUGCUGGCAUUUUAUUUUUUAAGCGGUGUCCUGAAGGGGAUAUCAACCCAUCAGUUUUUAGGGCCCAAGGUCCUGAGUUGGUUAAAUGAGUAUUUGGGACACAGCUUGUUAAAUGUUCGUGCCAACUGGUCUGUCUGUCAACUGGCAUGGCCUAAUUUUCUCUCCUUAACGCAGAUUGAGGAUUUAUCAAAACAAAAGACACCAAUGUUAUCAUCCACUGUAAUUUUGGCAAUCAGUUGUCUUGGCACUGCAGAUAUUCGAGAACUACAUUUCCCAUGAUGUUUAUCUCAGGAGAUGGCAUGCAAAUAUCUGCAGUAAUCAAGGUUUGGCAACAGUGUCCUACCUAAUGUGUUUUAAUGUAGUAACAAUGAAAUUCUGGUCAUUUUUUUUAUAUAGUUGCUAAUCUUCUCUGCAUAUUUUUAUUUCACUGCAUUACAAUGUGUCAACAUCAGUCUUUGAAUAUUGUUGUUUGAAUUACAAAAUAUAACCUUUAUAAUAUUUCAGUUGUAACAUUAUUUCCUGUUUUAAUGUUCUCCCUUUGCUGUUAGAACUCAGAAACAGCACGUUAGGGGCAUUACAAAGCCAUUUUCCUGUUUAUUUAAAUUAUAAUCCAAUUGCAUGAUUCAUACUACUUCAGUUACAAAAUUCAAACUACUCAUUUGAGUCGUUUCCAAACCGCAUUGUAGGAUUUGUACCAAAUCAGUCCAUGCGCCAUCUCACCAUAAUCAUAAAUAGGACUCCACCGUGCCUCGUUCCUUUUUGUAAAUUGGUGGUUGAUCUGCAUUGCGCACUGUAAUUGUGAAAAAGCAUCAUUUGGUGGGACUGCAACGGUGUCUGUACCGAACACAGCUAAUUGAAUUUCACAAAUAUAUAUUCAGACAGAUGCAUCGCUUGUCUAUGUGCCUUAUGUAGUUGCCUGGGAUUGAAGUUUACACCCCCUAUAUGUGUACAUGCCCUGCACAUUUGGGAUUCCGGAUAUAUGCAGGAUCUGUAUACUUUGCAGCUUCACUUGCAUACCAUACUCCCUCCUCUUAACCCUUUGAUUGUCAGAGGAGAGAGAUGUUUUUAUAGCUCACUCCGUCUAGCUUUCAACACUCUUACUAACCUCUUUUGUCCCUCAAACGUGUUUUAGAUUCCCCUAGGAUGGGCAGAUCCCUGAUGAGGGUUUGCAUGAAGACAAUGUAAGAGAUUACUCCCUAGCUAGAGUUGGCUGCCCUUCGCAUAUAUGGAAGAGACACUCUACAACGUAAAGGGGGUUAUUUUGCAGAGCAAUAGAAUUGGCUUCCAAAUUGGCAAAUAAAAAAGUAUGUUGUCCAUUUAAAAGCAGACGACUGCAGAUAUCCAAUAUUAAAAUCAAUAGCUGCAGAGACUGAUCAUUUCUGGCUUCUGUUCGCUAAAACAAAACUGCUCAUGAAAGGAAGACGAAAUGCAUUGUCCUGUCUUCCAACAUCCAUUACAAAAUGCUGAAAGAGAGCUUUACCGCUGAUGUGGGACAGGCGCAAAUGUGUCAACAGUGUUUCAAUUUUUUUUUUUUGUAUCCCGUUUUUUAUCUUAUUAGUGUUUUCCGCAUCCAGUCAUGUUGUCCCUCCGUAAGAUCAGAGUCCAGGUAUUGUGUGAUUUGAUUGCAGUGACUUUAUUUUUCUAUAUUUUGUUCCUGGUUUUGCUUUUUUUCCCCUCUAGCAACAAAUGGCUAUGCCUUUUGCUCCUAAAUAUCUUGUGCCGCUUUUAGUUGCACUUCUUAGUUGACGUGUGAUCUUUGGCAUGAUCCUUCACUGAUCUUCUCUUGUGCAUGACUUCUCUCUCAAACAGUGUAUCUUACUGUUAAUAUUGUGUGAUCUCAUGCUAAAGGAGGAUCCGGCAAAGCUUGGUAUCACAUUGCUAAGUUCCAUUCAAUUUUUUUUUUUUUUUUUGAUUAUGCAAUGAAAGCAAACCCGUAUAGUGAAAUCUCAUUGGCUAAAACAUUAUUUGUUAAAGUAGAAUAAAAAUAUGGAAACAUUAAAUCCACUCACCUAUUAGUAAAAUGAAAAUAAAUUUAAAGAGGCGAUAUAAACUUCCAAAGCAGGUUAGCAUCUGAUUGAAAAUGAAACCAUUUCUUUUCAUGUUGGCAGUAGGAGUCACAGGCAGGGGAGGUGUAGCUAGGGCUGCAUAAACAGAAUGGCUUAAAGCAGCACUGUCCCUGUUUGGUGAGUUUGCCGAAUUUGCACCAAUGGUGACAUUGCUGCUGGUGAUCCGGUGCACACAAGGGGGCGAGUAUAGCUGAGAUUACUUACCUGAACCUGUCCCUUGUGGGUGCUGCCAUCUUUCUCAUGGUGGUCCUCUUCAACUCCUGGUGCCUCAGCUCCAGGAGCUGAUGCCACUGCUGUACUUUUGUGCAUGCAUAAGUAUACAGCAUUGAGGUCUAUUGGGGAUCUCGCGGGACCGCAACAUCCUCCAUAGGCACAGCCAAUUCCCUGCAGCCGUCACUGGUGACAGCUGUCGGGAUUAACGCUUAGACUCCACCAUGAGUCUGAGAAAGUCAGGCGGAGGAGAAAUACAGAGACAAAGUAGUCCCUUCUUUUUUCUCUGUAUAUCUCGAGACUGUGUUGGAAUUUCAGAUUCAAAGUCAAUUUCAUAUUUAAGACCAAAGUAACUGAAUUAGAAGCAUAGCUAACUUGAAUUUGAGAUUUACCUUAAAUUCCCAACAAGUGUCAUUUGGUAAAAAAAAACCUUUUAGUAAAUAAAGUUCUUUUAAUAGCUGAAUCUAAAAAUGAAAUGUGAGUAGGUGUCCCCCAUCAAUAAUUCUAAUAGUUUUUAGUAUAUAGAGCGGUGUGAAUGCAACUUUUCCCUACUUCUGAACAUAUACAAUAUCUCAUAAAAGUGAGUACACCCCUCACAUUUUUGUAAAUAUUUUCUUAUAUCUGUUCACGUGACAACACUGAAGAAAUGACACUCUGCUACAAUGUAAAGUAGUAAGUGUACAGCCUGUAUAAUAGUGUAAAUUUGCUGUCCCUUCACAAUAACUCAACACACAGCCAUUAAUGUCUAAACCGUUGGCAACAAACAUGAGUCCAAAUUGGGCCCAAAGUGUCAAUAUUUUGUGUGGCCACCAUUAUUUUCCAGCACUGUCUUAACCCUCAUGGGCAUGGAGUUCACCAGAGCUUCACAGGUUGCCACUGGAGUCCUCUUCCAUCACGGAGCUGGUAGAUGUUAGAGACCUUGCGCUCCCCUACCUUCCAUUUGAGGAUGCCCCACAGGUGCUCAAUAGGGUUUAGGUCUGGAGACAUGCUUGGCCAGUCCAUCACCUUUACCUUUAGCUUCUUUAGCAAUGCAGUAGUCGUCUUGGAGGUGUGUUUGGGGUGGUUAUCAUGCUGUAAUACUGCCCUGCGGCCCAGUCUCCGAAGGGAGGGGAUCGUGCUCUGCUUCAGUAUGUCACAGUACAUGUUGGCAUUCAUGGUUCCAUCAAUGAACUCUAGCUCCCUAGUGCCGGCAGCACUCAUGCAGGCCCAGACCAUGACACUCCCACCACCAUGCUGGACCGUAGGCAAGAAACCCUUGUCUUUGUACGCCUCACCUGGUUGCCACCACACAUGCUUGACACCAUCUGAACCAAAUAAGUUUAUCUUGGUCUCAUCGGACCACAGGACAUGGUUCCAGUAAUCCAUGUCAUUAGUUUGCUUGUCUUCAGCAAACUGUUUGCGGGCUUUCUUGUGCAUCAUCAAUUUGAGCAAUGGCAGCACUCAUACAUCUAUUUCCCAAACACAACAUCUGGAUAUGGCGCUGAGCACCUGCACUCAACUUCUUUGGUCGACCAUGGCAAGGCCUGUUCUGAGUGGAACCUGUCCUGUGAAACUGCUGUAUGGUCUUGCCCACCGUGCUGCAGCUCAGUUUCAGGGUCUUGGCAAUCUUCUUAUAGCAUAGGCCAUCUUUAUGUAGAACAAUAAUUAUUUUUUUUAGAUCCUCAGAGAGUUCUUUGCCAUGAGGUGCCAUGUUGAGCUUCUAGUGACCAGUGUGAGAGCGAUAACACCUGCUCCCCAUUCACACCGAAGACCUUGUAACACUUGAGUCACAUGACACCAGGGAGGGAAAAUGGCUAAUUUGGCCCAAUUUGGACAUUUCCAACUAGGGAUGUACUCACCUUUGUUGCCAGCAGUUUAGACAGUAAUGGUGUUGAGUUAUUUUGAGGGGACAGCAGAUUUACACUGUUAUACAGGCUGUACACUUAUUACUUUACAUUGUAGCAGAGUUUAAUUUCUUCAGUGUUGUCACAUGAAAAGAUAUAAUAAAAUAUUUACAAAAAUUUGAGGGGUGUUCUCACUUUUGGGAGCUAUUGAAUAAUUCCUAAAGAUGUUAUCUUGCUCCUAAAUCCCAUGAACACAUUGACACUUAGUGUUUUUCAUGCAGAACUUUCUAUAUAUUUGGAGGAAGAAGCUAUUUGUGUAACUUUUUUUUAUAUAUAUAUAUUGUUUAGAUAUAUGAGCCUCCACUGGCAAAGCUACCUUAAUUUUUUGUUUUCUUAUUUGAUUCACUUGUUUAAACCAGGUAGGCAACAUUUGGGGCUUCAGAUGUAGUCAACCACAUCUCCCCUGAUGACUUUCCAGUGUUAUGGGUUUAAGAGCAUUAUGAGAGAUGUAGUCCACAAGAUUGGGAGUACCGAAGACUGCCUGUCCCUUGUAUAGAACAAGGGUAGGAUAGAAGAAAAUGCAUUUCUAUUGGUCUAGAUGCAAACAGGGUUAAUGUAUUGAGUUGGUUGAUUGGAUGACCAGAUGGAGUGCAUCGUGGGGCUUUUUGCCAGUCUGUUGGAUACAUUGCUGCUUUAAAAUUCAAAGAGAAAAUAAACUGCUCUAGAAUUCCGCUAGAGAACAGACAUCUUAUCUCCAAGGCAACCUUCCCAGAGUGCUGGAUUCACGACUCGGCUUUCCGGAAACUUCCAUUUUCCAAAUGAAUUGACUGAAAUAAAUUGCACGUUGUGACUCACCUAGACUUUAGAACUUUUUCUUUUUAUUCUUUUUUGACCUUUGAUAUUGAAAAGGGAAGAGGAGCAACACACUGUCUGCAAAUCCUUCCUCAUUUAUUCAACAGUAAUGUCAAUUAUUUUUAAAUAUGUUGCUUUUGAGGAAAGUCACCCUAAACAUACCACCCACACUUUAGAAAUACAAACAUGAGCAAUUCUGGAAAGCGAUUGAGUCACUAACUAAAACAAUUACAAAUUCUAAAAGCAAAAUCUUUGAUUCAAUCAUUUUGCAUUCUUUCAUCAUUCAUCUAUCCAGUAAAGUUAUUUUUUGCAUCAAUGGCGCAUUUUAAACAUUGUGUUUAUCAAUGUGAUUGAAUAGUUUACAUUUUCACACCCAAAAUAGUUUUUAUUUUUUUAAUGUUUUUUUUGUACAACAGACUCUGAAUGUAAACUUGUUGUAUUUGGCUGUGAAAAGCCCCCCCCCCCCCUCCAGCUGUCCUAGGACUACAACAUCCAUGAUGCUUUGACAGCCUUAAUGCCAUUUCUAACUCAGGAAAAACUGGCAAGGUCAUUAUACAUUAAGGGGGAACAGGUAUUUAAAAAAAAAAAAAAGAAACCGUAAAUGGAAGCAGAAUUGCAAAAUGUACUCUUUGGGUGGGGAGGUGACCUGGGCUAAAGCAUGGGUGAUGAAAAACCUGCAUUUACUGACAUUAAAUGCUUGUACUGAUCUGAGCUGGGAACUGCAAAUUCACAGAGAAAUUUGUGAAUAGAGAUGGAUGGAGGGGUCCUCAUUACUAUAAAUCUGGACAUUAUUUCAGGGAAUCUAUUGCAAAAAUAACACUUGCAUUUGUGUGGAGUAAAGUCUGCAGAAAUUAAAAAUAUGACCACAAAAAACAAAUGAAUUCACAAUAGUUUGUGACCAACAGCACUUCCUGGUGUCUGUGAGCAGGGUGUGUCUUUAUAGCACAACAGGAAAUUAAGGUUGCAAAGGAUAACUGUUCCCCCAAGGUGUUGUGAUGUCAUAGGCUACCAAGUUAAAUACUUUAAUAACAAUAAAAAAAGAUUAUUUUUUUUUUUUCAUUAAAUUGGGUUUCUGGGCUGCACAAGUUUGGUUGAUCAUUGUGGGAGUUGUUAUUGUAGGUCUGUUUUCCAGCCUUGUUAUGUUCAACGUUCAAAGCAUUAAAUCUAAACUUUUAGAAACUGUGAUAUUCUGGUUUUAAUAACACUUUACUUGGCCAUUGUCCCAACCACAGGUAGGGUCAAUAUUGAGUAAUCAGGAAGCUUUGCAUACAUUUUCUGACUGGCAUUCAAGCAAAAAAAAAUCCACUGCAACAAAUGUUGGCUGAGUGCCUUUGGAGUGGCUGUGUUUUGCCUGAUCCCUACACAACCUGUUAGGAUUUUUGACCACUAAUUAUUCCUGAUUUAGCUAAACCAAACAUUGAUCAGAUUGGUGGCUUUCGGUCUGUCUUUCUGAUGUUAGAAUGUAGCAGCAAGCAAUGCUUGUACAGUGCAGAGAAUAUAAUUUGUGAGCCUUGAUAAAACUGCUCAGCCAUUACACUGCAGAUCUAUAAAUAUCCCCAGAGGAAUGUCAUUUAUCGUACUUGUAUGAUACCUUGCCCUGUGUCUUCACAUAGUAGGCAGAUCGCUUGCAUAGUGUAAAUGUUUUAUGUGCCAUAAAACCAAGGCUAACAACACCAAUUGCUAGCACCGCCAGGCCAUGCCAGCAGUGAACAUUCUCUAUGUUGAGCUAUCAUGAGCUGUAAAAAAACCCUAUCCCCCUCACUAUUGCUAAUAUCCACUCCCAUUUUUCCCAGCCAGCCACUUGCAGCUACCCGUCACAUAGAAUCUCUAAGCUCUUGCAAGUUGGAUUCUCUCCCGGCAUUAAAAAGGGUUCCAUUUGGUGUGGAUUCAUUUCUGAACGGUUGACUUGACGUGAAUAUAGGCCAGCAAAUAUUUCGGCAGUAAACACGGUCUAUAAUCAGUAGUUCUCUACGCUGGUCUGUGCUGAAUUUGAUGUGUUUUUUUUUUAAAUCCUCUCAGUGCACACUACCAGUUCUAAAGUAAAUGGCUACGUAAGUGUUGAAUUAUCAAUUAAACAUUGCCAACACAGCCCAUUACCAUUUUACUGUAGGAAUAUGAAAAUCGUGAAUGAAUGCCCCACAUUCAUGUGAACUGAAAAUAGAUGAGUUUAGACUUCUGGAAGGACUGUGGUUAGUGGAAAGGCUGGUAGGACAGUUUAGGACAUUUCAUAGUAAUAAUAAAGUUUGCCAUUUUUGUGCAGUUUUGUCUAAUAGUGUAUACCACACGAGUAGAUUGCGUGCCCUUAUAUGUGCAUUUAUUCCCUAACAGUGCGAGGUAACUAGGAAGGGCUCAGUGCUCAGCAUGUAAUUCAAGUGUAAAAUGCAUGUAGUCUUAUCAGUUAAUGGCAGCUGGGAGGGGCCCCUGGUCCCACGUCUGCCCUGUACUGUCACUUGUUACACUAAAGUGUGUUUUAUGACUGUGGAAUGGAAUGUAGACCUUAUCUGUGUUUGGAAGGUUGCAGAGCGGGCCACAAACACCUUUUUUAAUUAUUAUUUUUACUUUAUUCAUGUCUCCUGCCAUUAUAAUAUCCCAUACCUGAGCCCUGUUGUACAAUAUUAUGAUGGGAUUAUGUGGUUAUUGAUCUUUGAAAUGAUAGUCAUUUUUAAGAGUCUUUAGAUUGUAGGACAGUUGCUUAUCCACACACUACCUUCCUUUAUUGUAAAUGGCUGUUUCUGUUGUUCUGUAUUUUCUUUUGUCAGACAUUCAUCAGAUUUUUGCUGCCCUGUUUUUAGCAAUAUAUAAAUAUCCAGUAACAGAUUUAGGUUCUCAGUUUGACUGUGCCAAGAUCCAUAAAUUAGUUUUUAAUGUCUUGUGCAUUAUAGAUUGAUCUGUCACUUUAUCUCAUUUUGCUAGAUAAAGCAAGCAAGGCGUUAUCUGGCUGCACUGUGAUAGACCUUGGGAUGCUUGGUUUUGUAGAGGUAAUGCUUAGUAACAUAUCUGACACAAAUUAAGUUGUUUGGUUUGGAGAACGUAUUACAUGAUAGACUGCCAUGGGUUAGUGCUCAUUGGCAGAUAAUACACAUUUAUUGUAAUACGGAAUAGACUUUGAAUAUACCAUGUGAUACACAGUCUGUCCUAUCAUGAACUGUUUCUUUGCUUCUAUUUUAUCAUACAAAAAGGAAAAAACGAAGACUGAUUUUCAACUAAGAUUAUUUCUAAAUCUCUAUAUAGUGUAUUUCUGAGAAGAGCUGUAAUGGAGCCGAACAUCCCCAUUUUCAGACGUAGACUAUGAUGGAAUGUGACUGCUGUGAUAAUUUGGUCCUGUGGCUUUUUAUUUUUUUAUCCAAAAAGUGGGAAAGAAUAAAGACUGAGCAUUCACCUGAACAGUCUUACCAUGUAGCCCUCUUUAAUUUAAUUGGUGGUGGCAAGUCAAAGAUGUAGUAGAACAUAGUCCAGUUUUUAUAGAUUUUACAGUUAUAAUAGUCUCAGAUCUGCUAGCUCGUUGUACACCACAAACCCCUCAUCACUCUCAGCAAAUCACUGAUAUAUCCAUGUUGUAUGGAAUGGACAAACCGGAAAGUCUCCAGGCGCUCAUGGCGUUCAAACCAUAUGCAGAUUUAUUGGGUCAAAAAAGUUGCAACAUGUCAACCUACUUGGAGGUCUUUGACAAACUCAUGGACAUUGAUAUUGCAUACAUGUACAUUCUACACUAUUGAUGUGACUGGAGAGGGCAGACCAAGGGAAGGAAGAUGCCAGGUUUCGUCAAACUGGUCCCAUGUGGAUUGACAAAAAAACUAUAGGAUGGCACCCAGAGAUUUCUCACAUCAUAGCCAUACAUAGAGCUUUUGUGGUCGUGGCUUAGUGUCUUGCUUUAACACCUGGGUCAGGCCCAAAAUUGCUCACAUUUCUCAGCUAUUUUCAGUGAGUCCCUUUGCUUGUAAGUGCAGCUGCUUACCAACUGUUGUUUGCUAUAGCAUCUCUGCCUUCUUCGUGGUAAUGGAGGCUUCACUAGCACUAAGUGUACUCUAAAGACCUAUGCAGAUUUAGUGUAUGUUAUAACUGAAAAUAAUAUCUCUCUCAUCUAAUUUUACUAUUGAAUUAUGGAUCCCCAAAUUGAUUUCGCAUACACCGUUUGGGUCCUUGAUUAUCAAUGCAAGGAAUAAGCUUGUGGAAACAACCUAAUUGGCAUUUCAGGGGAUGCCCAGUGACGGUCUUUCCUCGCAGAACCGUUUGCAGCACAUUAGUGACUCUCUUACAUUUUAUUUAAUAUUUGUUAAUUGUGUAACUUGUGAUGAGAAAGUUCAUUAAAAUUGCACCUUUUGCAUUAUUAAUAAUACACAGCUUGUAUCCUAUGUUGAGUUUCCAAACCCCAUUUGUAGUGCUGGAUGGAGACUCUGGGGAAACCAGGAAACUGGUUCAAGGUCACAGGAAGUCAAAUGUGAUAUUGUCUCAAAUGCUUGGAAUUCUUUCUCUCUUUUGCCCGCCUCCCCCUUCCAUCAGACUGCAGUGGAAGUCUUGCUGGAUCAGGUCAGCUGAUACUGCAUCUUCCACAUUUGCUAUUCUCAAACUGUUUAGGUAAUAAAACGGACUUUUGCAUUUUGCGAAGCCAGUAUUGAUGGGAUGAUGACCCUAUAGGUAACACCUACUCCAUUCUUGCCAUGUAACGCAGAGCUGGAGCUGUAAUUGCGUUGUCUGUCUGCAGUGUGUUGUACUGCGAUGCAUUGCAGGACCUGUGUAUAUACGGGAGGGGGACUUAGGUUGAUGCUGGGCGUAGCUACUGGUCUGCAACGUAGAUAUUAAAGAUUCUGACUGCAGAAGCCUGCAGUGGUAUCAAGGCUCUUGCCUGCCAAGCGGCGGUUUGGCAGCCUAUGUGCACUUUGACGUCGGCUGGUCUGCUGCAGGAUGGAUAAGUCCAUUAGUGCUGCCCCAUAGCACUUCAGAACAAUAAAAUUCUCUGCUGACGAACACAGUCUUUUAUCCCGUUAAUACCCUCAGGAAGGCUGGCCUUGCCAAAGCUCCAUAUAAACGCAGAUCAUUCGGGUUCCUGAAGCUUCUAUUAUAAGAGCUAUUUCUAUAAUUAGAAUUGUAUAAUGCUGUGUAGUAUGAUUUCAGAAAGCUGUGUCAGCGUUUACCAUUUUUAAUAAACACUACCCAUACUCGGUUAUUCAGAAUACCAAUAACUAUAAGUGAGGAGGCCAUGAAGGUGAGACACAAGUAAAGCCUUACAAUCCAAAUCCUUAAUUUAGGCUGCAAAACUUGCCUUCUUGCGCAUGUUUUAUUCCCACAGGUUUCUAGGUGCUCUCUAUUAUUGGCCUUUAAAAGUUUUAACACUGGAAACAAAAAGUUAUGUAUUAUGUAUAUCUGGAUUAGGAGUCCCUGCUGUCUGGAAUGCGUCAACUUCUAUUGCAGGGGUGCAGAAAAGGUAGAUCCCCAGAUGUUUAGAACUACAGCUGCCAUCAUGCUUUGUAGAACUACAUAUCCCAUCAUACUUUACAUGCCUUAAGAAUGACAACGCAUGGUGGGAGUUGUGGUUUUAAAACAUCUGUGGAUCUACCUUUUCGACACCCCUGUCCUUUUGGAAUUUGACAAAUUAUGAACACCUUUCAGAAUUCUAUUUACCAGUGGCUUGUAUAUACCCUACAGCUAAAAAUCAGUUUUGCAGAAUAAAAAAAAAAAAAAAAGUUUCAAUGUAUCAAAGGAAACUUUUUGCAAUGAAAGCAUCUGAAAUCAGUUUAUAUGCAAGGCUGCGCUCCUGCAUGGGUGUUGUCAUAUGUGGAUGUUAAUCCUAGUAGUUGUACUCCAAGAAGUAGUUUUAUACUUGACUACUUCUACCUUUGCGAGAGCUGCAGACAUGAGGAGACUUCUCCCUUAGAAGGCAUGCAAAGUGUCUUGAGUUGGGACAUGCAUUAUUUUCUAUAUAGACCAGUGAUGCGUCUAACCUUGGCACUGCAGAGCUUCGAACUAGACUUUCGUCAGGCUUGCCAAGCUCAUUGGUAAAUGUAGUUCUCAAACAUCUGCGGGGCCAAGUUUAGCAGAAAUUGGAUUUGGCAGUAGUUUGGAAAAUGGAGACAAAGGGCCAAGUGAUCUUUUAUACAUAGAAAAUGCUUUGUACGACUUGAUAAAGAACACACUAUCAAAAACCCUUAAAGGCUGUGUUCAUGCAGCUUGGAAAUAACUGAUGGACACACACAGUAUUUAUUACUUGAUGAACCGUAGGAACAUGGCAAGAAGGGCACAAGAUGCUCCGUAAAAACAUCUCUUAGCUCAUGGAUAAUUCUUAACAAAUGUUCCAUCUCACUUGUGCCCUUCUAGAUCUUUCAUUGAACAUGAACGGUCAAUGAAAGAUCGGUCCCACCCAUAAAUUCAAUGAAAGGAAAUUCUCCAAUCCACAAGAGACGUAGCAACUCUGAAAUACCAUUUCAGCCUCUCCCAAGUCUAAUGCAAAAUCCAGACACGAGCAAAUAUCAGCCUGUGAAGAGGGGGGCUUACUUCAUGAUUGUCCCUGCUAGUGGGAUCAUUCAAAUACAAGUGACUGAAAACUUGAUUGACUGAGACAUCUUGAGUGGUAUUGCCAACUAUUGCUAGUCUCCUAUAUAUAGUGUGUGAUUUGGGAUUUUUACUUACUGCUCCAGAAGGCCUGCAUUUGCUAGGGAAUCAGCUGCUCCCUUAUUUAAUGUCUACUUAAAAAUAAAAAAUACAAAUCUUUCAGAAUACAGAUAUGGUUUCACCCUUCCCCCAAUUGAGAUCUCUCUUGCCUAACUGUGUCUUAAAGAAAGACAUCCCAUUGUAGUUAAUAAAGAAUUAUUUAAUAUGAGCCUCCUGCAGCGGCUUUAGGAUUCUUUUGAUCCUGUGGCUGCCCAGGGUUAGAAGAAUCUGCGUCUAUGGCCUAGGUUAGUACUUAACAGCUGCAUUGCUCACUGCCUCCACGUUUAGAUUUCUGGGGUCUGUUCUACAUCCUCACUCUGCAUUCCAUUGACAGAGACCGUUGCUGCUCUGCUCUCAUGAAGUUGAGGCAGACAAGGCCCAGUACUGAAGAUGUUUAGCUCAGCUGGGUGGGUCUUAGAAAACUGCAGCCAAGCGAGCAGAGCCCAUGGGACAGGAGAUUGUAGUAUCCCUGCAUGCGCUGCAUGUUAACUCCUUCAAUGCCUAGGCCAGGGGUAGGCAACCUUUGGCACUGCAGAUGUUGUGGACUACAUCCCCCAUAAUGCUGGCAAAGCAUCAUGGGAGGUGUAGUCCAAAACAUCUGGAGUGCCAAAGGUUGCCUAUGCCUGGCCUAGGCUGUGCAGCUUGCAUCAUACAGCUAUAAGUGCACGCUGCAUUCUAUAGUGCACCAUCUGACGAACAGGUUUUCUAGCUGUUGGAGAAGAUUUUUUGUGUGUUUUCCGUCUGUGGGAAAAGUCCAGAGUUGAAACAUAUGCAGGAUGUGCACUUUAACUGGUCAAGUCCUGUGCUGCAUCUUAGAGGGUAUUCCUCCCACCAAUAGAGGUUAUAUUCAUAGUCCAGUUACAUCUAUUUGAGCCAACAGUACUUUAUUUUAGUUCUUCCAAGCUGAAGAUCUUUUCUAAUCCUGAUCAUGCUAGAUGUUUUUUUUUUAAUGGUUUGUGUAGCUACUGUUGAUGUUUGUAACUUGCAGUAAUGCUGGAUGCGCAGCUAUCUCUGUGUUACAGACCUACAUGAUUGUUUAUCUUUACUGUCCUUUAGUAGAGUGUUCAGUAGGUUUGCAUAAAAUGCUAAUACAUCCAUACAUACAGCUCUACAAAGUCACGUUAUUGAUUUUAUUUAUAUUAUUUUGUAACGUUAUUGUAUUUCCUUUUUAGAGCUGUAGGCGAAUUAAAAAAAAAAAGUCUUUAAGGAACUCCACGUUGAAUUAAAAUUCCAAGAGAAGAUGUGAUACCUGGGUUAUUAUGCCUUGUCCUUUAGGAUAGUCCUGCAGAUACAUGUAGGAAUUAAAUAAACCAAAUUGGAGUGAUUUGGAAUCCAAGUGGCAAAAUUCAAGCAAAAAUAUCAGAGGUGAAGAAUUUUCAAAACCAGUUACUUGGCAUAAAUUUAGACAUUCGGGUUUCAAUUUGCUACAAGUUGCAAAUACCCCCAUGAUUUUAGAGCAUUAUGGUUCCUGGUUUUGUACUGGAAAUGUAACCCUUUAUAGUUGAUGAUAAGGCAGGCUCCAUUAACGUAUGUGCUGCCUUUGAGCCUUGUAGUGAAACCCAGGGAACUUGAUGACUUGUGCCAUUCCGCUGUCUCUGGGAAAUGCAAAUCCCAUGAUGCUCAGCGAUCGAGCCCUCUGUGGCUGAGAUGGGAUUACAUAUGAACCAUUUCAUUGUCUACUUUCCAUAGUAACUAUUUGGAUCCAGUUGAGGAAGAGAACUUUUGUGACUGUGUGCAGAUUGUAGGACAUGAAAGAUUGAUGUUCGGGUAUCAAGUUUUUUGCCUGUGAAAUUUGGCCAGUGCUCUGCAUGAUUCCCAUUUUUUGGCAGGCUGAUCCUCUCCAUGCGAUUACUGCAGUGAAAUUCACACUGGCCCACGGCCAGAUCAUUCAGCCAGGAAAUCCAGAAUGAGAAACCUGCAGGACUAUCAGCCCUUCCUCCAUACAAUAACAAUUUCCCCGGCAGAAUGCAGGCAAUCAGCUGCUUGUUUUAGGUGUGGCAGGAUAGAAGCCGAAUGAACGGGCCAUUUUUUUUGUCUUUUUCUACAAUGUUUGCUUUGCUUUUUAAGGCUGGCCUUGUAGUUGACAUCCCUUUUACUGUAUUUAUUAACUGCAAAAAAUGUAAUGUAAGUUUUGUUUUUGUUUUUCUUCAUUUUUUUUUUUCCCUUGAAAAAAAAGUCUUCAUGUUAACCUUGAAUUAAACCUGAAACUAAACGCCUGAGGUUACCAGGUUUACUUAUGGUACAAAGCCAGAUCAUAUUGAUAUCUUGUACAACUAGGAUUGCUGUCAGAUGUAGAGAUAAAAGUUAUUGUCCAAAUAUGUUUCUCUCUUUGUAAAUCCAUCCUUUGUCCCAGGCAAAAAUAACUCCUACUGAACUGUAUAUUAUUGUGACUGUCCAAGGGUAGAACGGAAAAUAAUCAGCAUAGCUGUUAUGCUUCUUUUGUUUUGUGAAACAAAUUCUGUGCAGAGGGUGCUUUUACAAUAACUGUAACUUUUGUCUUUUUCAAAACCGCAAAGCCUUGGAAGGGCUUGUAAACCUCACAAUAUUUUGUGGUGUAUUUGGCAGCAGAUUUGUUUUUAUAUUAGUGGAUCUCUGCACUGCCAUUGCCUUGUGUAAUUACAUUUUGAUGGCUCCAGUGGAAUACACGAGUGAUUCACCUCAAUGUUCAGGAUUAAGGUGUCCAGUCUGCAGUCAGGGAAAUGGGACAAGCGAGGGUCAGGGCUGCACUUCACUCCUAGCGGUGUUUACUGUGCCUGUUUUAUUGGGUCACUUGGUGUUUAACUAGUGUUUUAUACAGCUGACGACCCUGAAAUAGCGUAGUUUCAGGAUUUUCCUUUAAUACACUUGCUAGUAACUAAAAACAGGAAUGUGUUAUAUAUAUCAGUGAUUCGGACUGCCUGUGUGGGAGUCUGGCAUGCACAGAUGUAUUUGUACAGUUCCUUUUAGUGUGUUACUUAAAAAAUUAAUAAAUCUUAAAUUCAGAAAAAACAAGCACCUCACUGUUUACGUGCCCGAUUGAGCAAUAGGUAUCUGUUUAGCUUCCUAAUAUACUAAUCAUGGGUCAGAGAGCGAGAAGUUCAGCCCUUUCAAUUUGGAAACUGGAAGACCACAUUGCUUAAGAGGUUAAACUGGGUGCAGGCUAUUUGCGUAAAAUUAAACCACCGGUGUAAUGCUAUGUAAUCUUCUAACUCUGCUACUAAAGAUGUAUCCGAACCAGAUAAGUCUUCAUGGCUGGAUAACUUGCUUUUAUAACAAUGGUUUAUAUCCUAUAGACUGUAAGCUCGUUUGAGCUGGGUCCUCUUCAACCUAUCCUUCCUGUAAGGUUUCUUGUGAUUGUCCUAUUUAUAGUUAAAUCUCCCCCCCCCCUUCUUAUAAUAUUGUAAAAGCUACAGAAUGUGUUGGCAAUAAUAUGGAAUGACAGAGUGAGACCAUUCCGAUAGCUGCGUAAAUGUGAAAAAGCCAAUGAGCUAUAGUAACUCAUUCAUCCAUUUCUAUUUACAACUGUAUUUUCAUUGGAUGGGAACACUCUGAGCGGAUUGGAAAUUAAAUGGAAGAUCCCUAGAGAGAAUUCAAGAAAAUUUUAGACACACAUGACCUUCACAAUGUGCCUUACUAAUACUUUUGCCAGGUUGUGCCACGAUACUAUUACCCAGCGUAAUAUUGGUUCUUUUGUAAUUGGUUUCAGAAAAUGGAUUCAAGUGGAGUCAAAGUUUUGGAGACCGCAGAGGAUAUCCAGGAGCGACGUCAACAAGUCCUGGACCGUUACUUGCGCUUCAAGGAGCUCUCUACCCUGCGUCGCCAGAAGUUGGAGGAUUCCUACCGCUUCCAGUUCUUUCAGCGAGAUGCCGAUGAGCUUGAGAAAUGGAUCCAGGAGAAGCUACAGAUUGCAUCUGAUGAGAACUAUAAAGACCCCACCAACCUGCAGGUGAGAAAACAUUGGGAUCUAAAAAAAAAAAUGCAUCUCAACUUGGAUCAGGUCUGCCCUCCCACCAUAAUUCAUAUUUAUUAAAGGAACAAUCCAGGUAAUAUAACCACUACAUUACAAUGCAGUAGUUAUGGUGCCAGGUGUGCCCUCCCAUGUAUGUAGUCAGUUUGCUAAUGGCUUGACUUCUUACCUGGUGUCUGCUGGCGUGCCAGUUGCGGCUUCCAUAGAGAGAUUGAAGAUCCCGCUAGAAGCUUCCAAUGGAACACCUGACCAAAACCCUGCUUUGCAGGACCAGCUCAUUGGAUGAGCCGCCAGUAGUGAGCACAUCUGGUACGACGUUCAGUGCCCCAUUAAAUUGUUUGACUACUUACAUUGUGCGCAUACCAGUAUACUCCUAGCACCAUAACCAUUACAGUGUGCCAUAGGGGCUACUUGGAUUGUUCCUAUAAAAUAAACGUGUUGGUUAAAAAAAAAAGAAAAAUAUUUCUCAAAAUCAAAAUUUCCAGGAAACAAUUUAAAGAUUAACUGCUCUAUAUUUUAUUAUAUAUAGGCAGAGAAUAAUAUCAAAAUACAUGUUUAAAAUGAUGUGUUCUAAUUAAACCCCCACACACCCAUCCCACCUUAGGGUUGGGACAGUAAAUAUAUUUAGAGAUAUGUAAAGACAUGAAAGCUAAAUUCAUAACCGAUCUAAAUGUCCUAAAUAUCUAAAUGUUAUUUUGGAAUUGUCUGUCUGCAGGGAAAGCUACAGAAACACCAGGCGUUUGAGGCAGAAGUACAAGCCAAUGCAGGAGCCAUUGUAAAAUUGGAUGAGACCGGAAACCUGAUGAUUUCCGAGGGUCACUUUUCCUCUGAGACGAUAAGGGUAAGCGAAAUGAACGACUAAAGUAAAGCGCAUUCUCUGAAGUGGACAUGUAACUCUGUUUAAUAGACUUGUAUUUCACUGGUUGGCACUGAUUGGGCAAUACAGUGUCUUGGAUUGUUAUUCGCUUCCUAUAGCAUGCCACCUAUCGGACCACCAGUCAGUUUUUACCUAUAUGUUAGAACUGUGUAUUUAUACAUGUGUCUGUGGUUCAGUCCUUCACGCCAUACCGGACCGCUCAGCGCCCAAAAGUAACAUCCUUUCAAGUGGGCAAUCAUAUCCGAGUAGGUGAUUGUGUCGGGUUGUGCAGUGAUGAUUUCUCUGUCUGAUUUUCUAUUCUGUUUAUAGAAGACACGGCCAUUCAUUUAACGAAUGGUCUGCUAACUGCCCAGUUUGGACUACACUUUUCAUAACUAUGGGAAAUGUAGUGUUACAGUUGGGUGGAGACUGCUGGCCUAAGACUUUCUUGCAUGUGAGUGGUUAACUCUGGUAUGGUUUCUGGUUCUGUUUUGAAUUUUUUCUAUUUUCCGCACUAUUACUGCAAUUGCUGAAUUGAUAUUUUGACCAUUUUGUUGCUUCUGCUGUGCUUGUCUGAGUUGCAUUUAAAAAACAACCUGUUUUAAUGCAGCCAGACUCCUGAUUCAGUAUAUCCAGUAACUUCUAUUGUUCACAAAUUAUUUUUAAAAACAUUUUUGUGCACACUGUUCAUUAUGAGAUUUGAUAGUUCUUGUGGAUUCGUGCUGUGUUUUGCAAUGUUUCAUACUCUGAAUUUAGAGCAGGUUUAUUCCAGUGCUACUGCAUGUUGUAGGUAAUUAAUUUCUUCUCUGACCUAAGACCCGCUUAGUUGAGUUGCAUCGCCUCUGGGAACUUCUGCUGUUGAAAAUGCGUGAGAAGGGGAUCAAAUUACAACAAGCCCAGAAGCUGGUGCAGUACCUCCGGGAAUGUGAAGAUGUUAUGGACUGGAUCAAUGACAAGGUAUGUUGGGAUUUACAGCUUCAAUACAGAGAAGAAUUCCUAGGCUAAUCCACUCAGUGUUGGUUGGGUCACUCAUCUUGUUGUGUGAUCACAAUCUAGCUUGUCACUGUGGAUGUCACAUGCUUCAAGUUUGGCCCUGUCUUCCAAUAUUGCAAGAAGGCAAAAAAAAAAACAACUAAAAACUAAUUGAGACAUCAAAUAAGUUAAUUUACACUUCAAUAUCUUUUUGUACACAUUUAGCUCUUAACAGCAAAGACCACGGAUUUACAUUUUUGUACCGUGGGAAAAUAAAUCCUUUUGCGUUUUCUGUGGACUGACCUUAAAUACUGCAUGUAAUGUGUUAGUUGACUUAUAUGCAUUAAACGUCUCUUGUCAUCUCAAUCAGGAGGCAAUUGUGACAUCUGAAGAGCUGGGACAGGAUCUGGAGCAUGUGGAAGUUCUACAGAAGAAAUUUGAGGAGUUUCAGACCGACUUGGCAGCCCAUGAAGAAAGGGUGAACGAGGUCAACCAAUUUGCCAGCAAGCUUACCCAGGUAAAAAAGCACUCCUUUAGAGGUCUGCAGUAUACCUUAAAUGUUAAUCCUGCCAUAUUGCUGAGACAUAACUGUUCUAUGUCCCAUUAAAGGAAGAACAUCCUGAAUUGGAGUUAAUAAAGACCAAACAAGACGAAGUAAAUACAGCCUGGCAGCGUCUUAAGGGACUGGCUCUUCAGAGACAGGGCAAGCUUUUUGGAGCUGCUGAGGUUCAGAGAUUUAACAGGUAUCAUGCCCAUAUCUGAUUUGCUUCCUGUACUUCAUAGUAGCAUGUAAUGCCUUGUAACAUUGUUGUACUGCUAAUGAGAAAAUUGUUACUUUACAGCAGUUGUGUAUUUGUUAUAAUUUGUUUUGUUUUUUUAUUGAGUAAUUUACAAGCUAGAUUUCCGUUUUCUGAUUAAUGGAAUUGAAGUUCUUAACCACAUAUCCCUUUAAACUACUACUCAGCAUAUCCAGGGAAAGAAUGGGAUGACUAGCAUUGGUUCCUGUAUGUUGAAGAGUGAUUAGGCAAUUAGCGUGCAUGUAGGCUGUAGAAACUACUAAUAUUUAACUUGUUUCUUUAUGUUUUGUUUUUAGAGAUGUAGAUGAAACCAUUGGAUGGAUUAGAGAGAAGGAGCAGCUGAUGGCUUCUGAUGAUUUUGGAAGAGAUUUGGCAAGUGUACAAGCCCUCCUUCGAAAACAUGAGGGUCUGGAACGUGAUCUGGCUGCACUGGAAGAGAAGGUAGCAAAUUGUUUUUUGUUGGUGCCAAGAGGAAACGUGCUCCAGUUGUGAUGUGUUGAAACUUUGAUCUUUUUUUUUUUUUUUCGUUUUUGUGUACAGGUGAAGGCGUUGUGCACAGAGUCUGACCGUCUACAGCAGUCACACCCCCUAAAUGCUGUCCAGAUUCAGGCUAAAGGAGAGGAGCUGAUUGCCAACUGGGAUCAGAUCCGCACCAUAGCAGCAGAACGUCACACACGCCUCAACGACUCCUACAAGUAAGGACUUCCUAACUAAAUCUUAUGUAUGGGGAGAAAAACUGUCUCAACAGUUGCAUUAAUAAACUGUGGCCAUGUGCACUGUCGAGUAUCGUCCGGCUUUGCCUUAAACGCCAUUGCCAUUGUACGGGUAAUCUGGUUAAUACAUUUUAUAGAGGUUACUGUAUACAGAGCAGUUCUGGGACAAGAGUUCCAAUAGUGCGAUCAGAAGGAACAUUCCAUUGAUGUUCACCGAUCGCUUAACAAAUGGGAUUUGCUUAAUCUCAGUAAAGUCUUUAAUUGUGUAAUAUAAAAAAAAAAAAACUGUAUAUAUUUAUUAAAUGAAAGCUAAAACAAAUUAAAAAAAAAAAAAGUGUGUGAGGACUAAAUGAAAUACAAAAAUAAAAGAUCCAGUUAUUGCAUAGGAAUUGUAAGAUUUCUAGAAGGAAUACAUUUCCUGCUAUUUUACAUUCCUUGAUUACAAAUUUACUUUCACCGCUGUCCUAUCCUGGCAUUACACCGGCUUUCCCUUUUUAUUGACUUUUAGGCACUAUGCAUGCAUGCUCUGAGAGUUUACAGCUUAGUUGUAAAUAGAACGUUAUUUAUGCAACUCUUCCUCGGUGUGUGGAAUCUUUGUCCUUCGACCAUUAAGUUUUGGCUGCCGGUCCUCAUACUUGACAUGUGCUCCUCUUAGGUUACAGAGAUUCUUGGCAGACUUCAGAGACUUGACCAGCUGGGUGACAGAAAUGAAAGCGCUCAUAAAUGCCGACGAGCUUGCCAAUGAUGUGGCUGGUGCAGAGGCUUUGCUGGACAGACACCAGGAGCACAAGGUAAAAACAAACCCCAACCAUUAGUGUGAAAGCUUAACUGGGGUGAAUCUGGGGUUGCUUUUGUUAAAGGACAUGUGGCUGAUCCUUGGUUGACCAAAUAGCAAAAGUUUUGUAGAACAUUUAAUUUGUACCACCCUGAAACACCAGAAAGAAGUGCCAUUAAGAACGCUUAAAUAUGGCCCUUGAUAUUGUCUAUAGAGCAUUUUGUGAAAUGUGUUUUUAUGUUGUACUCCAGGGUGUCAAAUGCUCAAGUCUAUUGUUUUUUGUUGUUGUUUUUUAAAAAUAAUCUUCAGCACCAAGAGAAUUCUCUACGCUUGUUAGGCUAACUUCCUCUGACACAUCUGUUUUUUUGGUCAACUUUGUAGGGGGAGAUUGAUGCUCACGAAGAUAGUUUCAAAUCUGCCGAUGAGGCAGGCAAUGCUUUGCUGAAUGCUGGACACUACGCAUCUGACGAAGUCCGGGAGAAGGUACGUAACAUCAGUGCUCUGGGAAUCUACUGUAUUUUGUGUUUGGGGAAACUCCCUAGUAAAGAAUUUCUUGUUCCGAUAUUCCUUCUUUGGCCAUAUUUGCCCUUCAUGGUUGCCUUGUACUUUUGUUUAAUGUAACCUAUAUUUCUCUUAGCUCACCAUCCUCUCUGAAGAGAGAACUGCCCUUCUAGAACUGUGGGAGCUGCGGAGGCAGCAGUAUGAGCAGUGCAUGGACCUGCAACUUUUCUACAGAGACACCGAGCAGGUGGACAACUGGAUGAGCAAACAAGAGGUGAGAGGUGGAAAUUGGAUGCGUGAUGUAGGUUGGGUUUUCAGUGGUUGGAAGUUUACAAAAUACCUGACUGACCUCUUUGUACUUCAGGCCUUCCUGCUGAAUGAAGAUUUGGGAGAUUCUUUGGACAGCGUGGAAGCUCUUCUGAAGAAACAUGAAGACUUUGAAAAAUCUCUUAGCGCCCAGGAAGAAAAGAUCACAGUAAGACAAUGCGACCAUUACAAACUCACUCAUGUUGCUUUCUCUGUCUCUGUGAGAUUUGUUAUAAGUCCAGUAUUUAAUCAUUUGAUAUUCUUGUAGGCCCUGGAUGAGUUUGCUACAAAGCUGAUUCAGAACAAUCACUAUGCCAUGGAAGAUGUGGCCACUCGCAGAGAUGCAGUAAGUGUCUCUCUGUGCUUCUCUUCUGAUCUGUGUGUAUAUUUGUCUAUAACAUCCAGGGAUGAAACCUGGCUCUUAAAAUCUACAAUUUGUUUUGUUAUGUUUAUUGGCAGAUUAAGGAGCUAAUCGCUUUUUAUUCUGAUUUACCUUUCAGCUGUUGAGCCGUCGUAAUGCUCUGCAUGAGCGCGCUCUGUAUCGCCGCACCCAAUUGGCAGACUCUUUUCACCUGCAGCAAUUUUUCAGAGAUUCAGAUGAGCUGAAGAGCUGGAUUAAUGAGAAAAUGAAGACCGCUACAGAUGAGGCAUACAAGGUGAACAAUCCUCUGAGCAGUUAAAUCCAGAUGGCUUGAAUUAGUAUCGUCCUCUUGUCAUUAUCAUAAACGUGCUAUUAUCAAUAUGCUUGAAAUGGAUGUAUCACAUGAAAUUGUCAUUCUAUUCCUACGUGUAAGCAGAUUGGCUUCCACAAUUCUGUCCAGCAGAGAGCAGAAAAUAAUUUAACUGCUUCCUGGUUUCUUACUAUGCUUAAAGUACAGAUUAAAGGGACUCUCCAGUGCCGGGAAAACAUAUCCAUUUUUCUUGCACUGCAGAACCCUGCAGUGCCCCUCUCCCUCCCACCCCCCAUCCCAUGUUCCUGAAGGGGUUAAAACCCCUUUAGUGACUUACCUGAAUCAAACGCUGAUGUACCUUGGCUCUGUCAGGCUCCGCCCAUACUUCUCCUGACGUUGGAGGGGGGGAGACCUAAUGCACAUGCGCGGCAAUGGACAUGUGCGCGCAUUAGAUUUCCCAUAAGAAAGCAUUAUUCAAUGCAUUCCUAUGGGGAUUUUGGCGAUGCUGGAGGUCCUCAUGCUUAGCGUAAGGACGUCCAGCAUCUUUUAAAAUUGUUCACGUUCUGAGAACAAGGUAAUUAUUGCAGUUUUUAUAAAUUACACUUGCAAGGUUUAGGGUGGUGGGAGUUGGCACCCAGACCACUCCAAUGGGCAGAAGUGGUCUGGAUGCCUGGAGUGUCCCUUUAAAUCGCAAUAUAUUUAGCUUUAAUGAAAACAAGAAGGUAUUAGCAAUUCUUUAGUUACUAUAGAAUGAAGAAAACACAUCGGACAGAAACCCUUUAAAUCCUUGCUAUAAUUCCAGAAGCUCUUUUACAUGUUAUUGUAGGCAAACUUAAAUGUCUUGUUAGCCUAAUCUGGAUAUAAAAUUAAUCUACACAAGUUUGCAGUAAUUUAAUCCACUCCCCUAACAUAAAUAUACGAAAUUGUUAAUUUUAUAUUUUCGGGGUGGGGGGGGGGGGUUCUGGUAAUUAAAGGAACACUCCAGCUUCCUUUAUGCUUCUGGACGCAUUCAAAAGUGAGCACUUUUAUAAGUUAGGUAGGAACACCUCCCUAGUGCCCUCAAACUAGCUUAUUGAGAAGCGGCAAUAGUAUGCACAUGCUUGAUGUCUCAGCACAGAGACUUCUCAAUGAGUUAAGUAUAAAAGUGGAGUAGUCGCCAUGGAAACCUGUAGAAUUCUCCUGAUCAUUGCUCCAUUUGAAGUUGUACUGCAGAAUAGUGUUUUUUGCCCUCUUGUCUCUGAUAAAUUGCUGCUGGUAUUUUCAAGUUAAUAUGAAAUUGUUCAGUUUAUGAUGCUUAACUGGUAUUAUUUUUUUUUAAUUCUCCUCAAGGAUCCCUCAAAUCUUCAGGGUAAGGUACAGAAGCACCAGGCAUUUGAGGCAGAACUGUCAGCCAACCAAAGCCGCAUUGAUGCACUGGAGAAUUCUGGGCAGAAACUAAUUGAUGUUAACCAUUACGCAUCUGAUGAAGUGGCUGCUCGUAUGAAUGAGGUGAUCACCCUAUGGAAGAGGCUGCUGGAGGCCACAGAACUGAAGGGUGAGCAGAACGCUGGGCUUUUCUAAACACUUCCUUUAAGAAACCAAAAUAGUAUACGUUUUGAGAAAAUGUAUUCAUUGGUACUGUAAUCCAUCUACGUUCUUUGUGCAAAAACAUCCUGAAACUUUGCACUCCAGUGGGACUGGUGUAGCCAGUCCUGCACAGACUCUGAUCUAAUAAACUGGAGCAUGUGAAGGUUCAUUAUGUUUAAUGACUCUCCUGUUGAUAUUUAGGUAUUAAACUGCGUGAAGCAAACCAGCAGCAGCAGUUUAACCGCAAUGUGGAGGAUAUUGAGCUGUGGCUUUAUGAAGUUGAGGGCCACCUGGCUUCAGAUGACUAUGGAAAAGAUCUAACCAACGUGCAGAACCUUCAGAAGAAACACGCUUUACUGGAAGCCGACAUUGCAGCUCACCAGGUACUAGCCUCAUUCUUUUUAUUAUAUAUAUAUAUAUAACACCAUAUAAGAACCUCCUUUAGUUAUAGCAGUGUUUUAAAAGUAACAUUUUCUCAGAUGCUUAGUAUAGUGAAAUCUCCAUUUCUGUUAUCUUUUGGCAGGACCGUAUUGAUGGUAUUACUAUCCAGGCCAGACAGUUCCAAGAUGCUGGCCACUUUGAUGCUGAUAACAUCAAGAAGAAACAGGAGGCCCUUGUUGGCAGAUAUGAAGCUCUGAAGGAACCCAUGGUUGCCCGGAAGCAGAAGUUGUCUGAUUCUCUGCGUCUCCAGCAGCUUUUCAGAGACAUCGAAGAUGAGGAGACAUGGAUACGAGAGAAGGAACCUAUUGCUGCCUCUACCAACAGAGGUAGGCUUAAUAAGGGCCAAGAUGCCAAGAUAUCUGUGGUUCAUUGAAUGAUGACAGGACAGGGAUAUCUUUAAAAGAUCCAUUAUCAAACUUAAUAAUUUGAUCAAAUGUUGUCCAAUAUGUACUCCUGACCUCAUGAUUGAGUUUUCCUUCCUUUAUGAUGAAAUGGAGAUUUUCAUAACUUUGAAUGGUUUGUGUUCCAGGCAAGGAUUUGAUUGGCGUGCAGAACCUCCUAAAGAAACACCAGGCCCUUCAGGCUGAAAUAGCUGGACAUGAGCCACGGAUCAAAGCAGUAACGCAGAAGGGGAACUCUAUGGUCAGCGAAGGUAAGAUGGGGUAAAAAAAAAAUUGGAUUUUCAGGUUUCUUCAGGGAAAUUAUCAGCCUGAACAAAGUUCUUAAGGGGCAGGGAAAAGUUAAUGAAUAUGGCUCAAAGGGUGGACUGAAACCAGUUAAGAGAAAUUUUGCCUAAGAUCUGUCUGCAGAUAAUCUCCAGUACCUGCCCUGUGCAAACGUGGCAUUACAUGUAAAAAAAAAAAGUUGUCUCAAAUUCUGCCAAACAAAUCUGGAGGGUGUCUGAGGAUCACCCUCUAUUGAGCACUGGAUCAUCAUAUUUACCCCUUAAGGACACAUGACAUGUGACAUGUCACGAUUCCCUUUUAUUCCAGAAGUUUGGUCCUUAAGGGGUUAAACCAGGCCUGUCCAACCUGUGGCCCCCCCAGAUGAUGCCGAACUACAACUCCCAUGAUUCUUUCAAUGAAACAGCCAGGGAAUCAUGGGAGUUGUAGUUCAGCAACAUCUGGGGGGCCGCAGGUUGGACAGCCCUGGGUUAAACUGUAUGUUUGCAGAUACCAUUUCACCUCCUGUUACGUGUGUAAACACAGAACGUGCAGGGGUUGUUAAAAAGUACAACUAUUGUGGAAGUAGCCAUUGGUUUCAUUGUUUGUACUAUACUACGUCUCGGAUCUUGAGACCCCAAAUAAAUUAAGUUAAUUUCAUAUUCCAAAAAACGUAUUUGGUAUUUUUUAUUUAUUUUCUAUUUUAUUAUGUACAAAGCAUGAUUUGCACAGAUAGCAGCACCUGUAGCUCAAAGAUUCAGGGUUUUUCUUGAUUGUGAGGAUUUGUGGUGAACUAAUGCUGACUUCUCUUAGCCACUCCAGUAAAUCUAUUGUCUUCUUCAGGUCACUUUGCUGCUGAGGAGGUUAAGGUGAAGCUAAAGGAGCUCAAUGAUAAAUGGCAGUCUCUGAGGAACAAGGCAUCCCAACGCCGUCAGGACCUUGAAGACUCCCUGCAAGCUCAGCAGUAUUUCGCAGAUGCCAAUGAGGCAGAAUCCUGGAUGAGGGAAAAAGAACCCAUUGUUGGGAGCACGGACUAUGGCAAAGAUGAAGACUCAGCAGAGGUACGACUCUUGUGCCUAUUGUUUGGUGAAGUCUAGGAGCACACAUGUGCCACAGCAUUCCUGACUGUUCAUUCUCUGCUUCUAGGCCCUCUUGAAGAAACAUGAAGCCCUUAUGUCUGAUCUUCAUGCGUAUGGUAGCAGCAUCCAGUCUCUACGAGAGCAGGCACAGUCCUGUAGGGUAGGUAGAAAUAUCAUAGGAACAGAUUUUUUUUUAAAGGCGGUGUAUAUACAAUCAUUUUAAUUUUUUGUUAAUCCUCUCGUUAGCAACAAGUUGCCCCAACUGAUGAUGAAACUGGGAAGGAGCUGGUACUAGCUUUGUAUGAUUACCAAGAAAAGAGCCCAAGAGAAGUGACCAUGAAGAAAGGGGACAUUCUGACCCUCCUGAACAGUACUAAUAAAGUAAGAAUGUGAUGUGACUGUCUACCCUAGGAAAGCAUCUCUAGUUGUUACUAGUAGUGACAGCGUGUUUGUUCUUCAGGAUUGGUGGAAGGUGGAAGUGAAUGAUCGCCAGGGCUUUGUGCCCGCUGCGUAUGUGAAGAAGCUGGACCCAGCACAAUCUGCUUCCCGUGAGAACCUUCUGGAGGAACAAGGAAGCAUUGCAUUGAGGCAGGAGCAGAUCGAUGGACAGUAAGAGCCCACCUCUUAUAAUAAGACCGUACACCUGUAAUUUACCUUUUAGGUCCUCCUAGAGAAGAAGAGGCAAUAGACAGUAGAACAGAGAUCCGGAGGAGCACCUUUUAUGCACAUGUUGUGCUUCCACUGAAAACCUCUGCACAUUUCUAUGUUUCUAACCUGAGCACACCUCCAAUUUCUUAAAUUCCUGCAUGAGGAAAAAUUUACAACUAUUAAAUCACAAACGCCUUCCUUCCUAAAUCAAGGAGUCUUUGUCACACUGAUAAUCUAACCUACCCUAUAUGAUCCAUGCCCUCUUAAAACUGCCUUACAUUAAUCAUUAUUGCAUAGAAAGAAUGUACGUAUCUUGUGUUAACAUUCUGUAAGUAUAUUCCAGACUGUGCAAGAUUAGUGCUAACCUGCCAUGACAUGUCUAGUUGUAUAGCACUCCAACCAUCCUCAUACUUACUAAUGUGUACCUGAUCCCUUCUUCUUGAUCAAUUGUUAGAUUUAUAUGUAUUUUUCUUGUCAUGGCUUCACGUUUUGUCACUUGGAAGAGAGCCGGUCAGUCUGUUUAAAUAAAUUUAAAAUAAAAAUGUUAACACAAUUUGUUACCCUUCUUUUUUUCUUCAAUUGCUUAAUGUAAAGCAGUUCUUUAGGAACUUAACAGUCUGCAUGUCCAAAUUAUUUUCCAAAUUAAAUAAAUCUGCAUGUCCAAAUUCUGACUGAUCCACAUUGCUGGGCAUGUCACCCCACGAGGGCCAAGGAGUCUGUCCCUAAGACCAUGCCUUACCCCCUUAGCACUUAAAGUGCAAUAUUUUAUUGUUGAUUUACCAUCUUAAAUAAAUUGAUUAAUCUCCAUCACUGCUCCCCUUCCUAAUACAGCCUGUGAGUGGAGCACCCUUUCCCCCUGUGUUAAUCACACUAAUUAUCUGCAUGCCUGUUUUUUGCUGUGCUCCCUCUUGUCUGCACAGGACUCUCCUAUCUAAGGAAGCUGGCAGUGUUUCUCUACGUAUGAAUCAGGUUGAAGAACUGUGAGUAGAUCGUUCGCUAUGAACCACCUCUUGUGUCUUGCAUUCCGAUUCUAGCUGUCCUUGGUGGAGAUGUGGGUGACGGAGAGGAGUAGGGUGUAAUUUACGGAUUAUGUUGGGAAAGUGGCCUUUUUUUAAAUAUUCAUUCUUAAACAAAAUGCUAGUUGUGGUGUGCUUCUUAUUUUAACACAAUAUGUUUUACUUAUGGUCUUCAUAUACUGUGAACAUUUCAGAUAUGCCUAGUGUGCCUGCAUAUCUCCUAAUUAGAUUGCCCUGAAAUUUGGUUUCCUGGUUUGGAACAUGGAAUACUAUUAAAAAUCCUGCUUUAAAUUUUUACUAAAUUUUUUUAAAGCAUGCUUCUAGAUGGCAUUUUUCUAAAACCUGUGAUGCUUUGUACAUAACUGAUCACUGUUUUGUUCCUGCACUUCUUAAAGAUAGCUGUAAUGUGCAGCAAUGUGCCAAUUGGCAGCACGCUGGUCUAAUCUUGAUGAACAUAUUUUACAUAAGUACAAACAAAUGUUUGUAGCUAUUUAUAUCCAUUUAGAUCAUGGCUAUUGAACCUCCAUUCUCUAGCUGCUUUUGAACCUCAUUUUCUAUACUCAACUUUAAAGUGACUGCUAUAUAGGAAUAGCGGUGUACCUCCUUUCUGCUGAACACCUUAGGAGUCACAAGUGUUUGCAUAUAACGUUUUUUCGUGCUUUGUCGAACGUUUCUUGGCUUCGUAAUGGUGUUCGUGUGGGUUCCAGCUUCAUGUGCCAGUUUAAUUUCUGGAAGGGGCAUUGUGGUCACUAAGUUUUGGGUUUGCCCUGAUUGCUUGUAGAUUGUUUCAUAUACAGUACGUUGAUGAGAUCUAGGUUAAAUGGGAUCUAUCUUGGUCUAUUUUUGUUUUUCUGUUGGACAUCUUCACACUGAAUCAAAUCCUGUUGCAGACCUACCCCAUCAUUGCAAGUGUAUCCCAUACAUCACACUUCAUAUUAUAUUUUACUACAAUCUUCUUUCCCUACUUCUCUUAAAACCGCUUUGAUAGCUCACAUAGUCUGGGUGUGCAAGACAUGUGACGUGGUGUAAAGUACCAGUCCUGGGGAGUCCCAUUGCCAGUGAGUGACAGUCUGCAGCUCCUCUCACAGAUACUGUUUCUGUGAUCAGAAACUGCCAAUACAUGUCAUCACUGUGUGAAUUGGCUUUGGACUGAAGGUAAAAUGAACCACAUAACCAUAUUACACUGUGAUAUUGCAAUAUUUGAGAGGCACCCCUAAACAUUCCAGCUGUAGAACACAAUUCCAGUAGUGUAAUUGUAUGUAAAGUGAUUCCUUAAUGGGGCAUAUCGACUUCAUAGGGCCAUCAAAAUGUGAUCAUUGUCAGAGGUAGAUUCCCUUUAACCUAGAACUCGUACUGUAAACAAAACAUUCCUCUUUGUGUUUUGGUUGCUGAGCUUCUUUCAAUUUCCACAGGUACCACAACAUUUUGGAAAUGGGAGAGAAACGCAAGGAUAUGCUAGAGAAAAGCUGCAAGAAGUUCAUGUUGUUCCGAGAGGCAAAUGAGCUGCAGCAAUGGAUCAAUGAAAAGGAAUCUGCCCUCACGAAUGAAGAAGUGGGGGCUGACCUUGAGCAGGUGGAGGUGCUACAGAAAAAGUUUGAUGAUUUCCAGAAGGUGAGAAAGUCGAUUAUAAUUUGAACUGUACUCUGUGCUCUGCUCACUAUCAGCCUCUCACUGCCAGGAGCAGUGAGCUAUGACAGACCAUAUCACUGCUCUAACACUCCUACCACUAGGUGCAUGCUAGAGUAUGGAAUGGGGAAGAUAGUUCAGAUGUCUAGAUUGGUUACAAUAAGAAUGUGAAGGAUCGUCAAGAUGUGGAGAGCAAAGGUUUGUGAUUGAAUUAAGUGGAAGGUUUAAAGGGAAACUCCAGUGCCAGGAAAACAAUCAGUUUUCCUGGCACUGCAGGUACCCUCUCCCUCAAACCUCCCAUCCCAGGUAGCUGAAGGUGUGAAAACCCCUUCAGGUCACUUACCUGAGACCCCACUGAUGUCCCUCGGCGGUGGUUUCGGGUCGGUGUCGCUCCUCCCAGUUAUCACGUCAGCCGUUGGGCGAGACUGAUCCCGCCCGCCGGCUGAGGAAACCUAAUGCGCAUGCGCGGCAAUGCCGCACACGCGCAUUAGGUCUCCCCAUAGGAAAGCAUUGAAAAAGAUUUUCAAUGCUUUCCUAUGGGGAAUUGAGCGACGCUGGAGGUCCUCACUCAGCGUGAGGACGUCCAGCGAUGCUCUAGCAAAGAAAAUCUUUGCUAUGAAUCAGGAAGUGCCCUCUAGUGGCUGUCUAGUAGACAGCCACUAGAGGUGGAGUUAACCCUGCAAUGUAAUUAUUGCAGUUUAUAAAAAACUGCAAUAAUUACAGUUGCAGGGUUAAGAGUAGUGGGAGUUGGCACCCAGACCACUCCAAUGGGCAGAAGUGGUCUGGGUGCCUGGAGUGUCCCUUUAAGGGAGUAUGACCAGGUAAGAUUUGUCUGAAAAAUGAGUCUGGUUAGGGAUUGAUGGAAUAGUUAGACAGGGAUUGAGUGAAUAUAUACAAAGGACAUAAAAUAUUAAAUUAUUAGUUGUUUAUAUACUAGUCUUAUUGGGUCAGGCCCCAUAGCAGUUGCUGUAUCUGUCCCUCCACUCCAUAUAGACUUUGGAAAGCCUGCAUUAAGCCAUUGGGCGUUUCUUGUAGUGGAUCAGCCAGACUUUUUACUUUGUUGAAAACUCUAGUUUUGUACUUUUUGUUUGAGUGGCCCCAGACUACAUGUCCUGUUAAUUUAAGUCUUUUCGUUUCUUGUUUUUAAGGACCUAAAAGCAAACGAAUCUCGUCUGAAAGAUAUCAACAAAGUUGCUGAUGACCUCGAAUCCGAGGGACUGAUCACAGAAGAAGUACAGGCCGUACAGCAGCAAGUAUGUCCCAGAAAUGUAUUUCUUUUUGUCAGUCUUAUUUAAGAAAACCGAAGAACAUGUUCACCAAGUAGACAAUGCCUUGCUGUAUGUGACUUUCUGGUAGAGAAAUUGGCUGAUUUUCACCUAUUUGUUACUUUUCCUUUUCAGGAAAUCUAUGGAAUGCCAAGGGUAAGUGUCUGUAACUGGCUUGUGGGUGUUUUUGUUUGUGUGUGAGCUGCAUUUAAUAUUGACAAAGCUAAACUGCCCUGGGUUUAAUGGGAUUGUCUCCAUUUAGGACCCAGGUCCCACCGUUCAGAGAUAAUCAUUUUGUGUCGUGCUCCUCAUUCACGCGAGGAACUCUAUUCUCACUGCUCCAAUGCAUACGUGUAUGCCAGAAUACAUGCAUACGUGAGAAUACUUUAAAUUGCUUUGUACCUGAGCAAAUCUGGCUGACCAUCCAUUCCAGUAUGUACGUUAAUCCAGCAGAAGUCAGUAAUCCUCUUUAGGAUUAUCAGAUCCUUCACGGUUUCCCAUUCUCAUAUCACCUCUGCAUGCUGAAGGGCUAGACUUGAAUCAUGCUUCCCUGUAGCAUGUAGAAUACAUGUGUUGCAGAUAAGAAAAUCAAUUCACUUAUAAGGAUAAAUCUAAAAGAAUUGCCUUUAAGUUGUCCUCCUGCAGCAUAGGAAUCCGUAUCUGGCAGGGAAGCAUAUUAUAUGUCCUGGAAGAAGUGCUUGUUUAUUGGGAAAUAUAGUGGACAGUUCAUUUAUUGUUAAAGCUACCUUUUGAUGGAAGCAUGCCAUCAUUCUUAUUGUAGAAUUCUUGGAGGGGUUAAUAUUCCGCAAGAUACAAAAUGUAUUUGAUCUGAAUGUUCCCUUAGUAUGUUCAUUGUAGAAGACUAGUCAGACCUUUUAAAUUAUGUGUCCUCAUGUAAAAUGUCUGUCUUCACUCUGCAGGAUGAAGGGGAUUCCAAAUCUGCAUCUCCAUGGAAGGUAAGCUUGUAUCUUUUGAUACAGUUUGUUAGUCUGCCGUAUGCAAUAAAGCCUCAGAGUGCAUUUAUUUUGCAAUGAAGAUAAGUUAAUAACUUGUUAGUGCGUCUGCUAGCGUACUCCUGCGCUGUGAGGGCAGCCAUCAUUAGUCUUCUGAGCUGAGAAACACCACUUAUCCACUAAUGCAAUAUGCAAUGCUCCCCGCUUUCUCUGCGUUAUUCGUGAUCCUUCUACAACUGUGUACUUUAUCGUAAUGCACACAGAUGUAUCGGUUAUGUUUUCUGCGUGUCCUGUAUCCUCCUAAUCGGCAGAGAGGGGCCAGGCUCCCAAUGACUGGGAGCCUCAUUUAGUUUAAAGUCAUUUGAAAACAGUUUAAGAGUUUGGUGUCAGAGGACUCCAGACACCUAAGCCACUUCAGUGAGGUGAAGUGGCUAAAUGCCUAGAGCAGGCAUAGGCAACCUUCGGCACUGCAGAUGUUUUGGACUACACCUCCUAUGAUGCUUUGCCAGCAUUAUGGGGGAUGUAGUCAAUAACAACUGGGGUGCCGAAGGUAGCCUAUUCCUGACCUAGAAUAUUCCUGGCUGCCCCCAUGGAGUAAGGUUAAGUCAGGAAAUGCACUGGAAAGGUGUGUUUGUGUGUGUGUACACAUACACUGCUCAAAAAAAUAUAAAGGGAACACUUAAACAACACAAUGUAAGUCCAAGUCAAUCACACUUCUGUGAAAUCAAACUGUCCACUUAGGAAGCAACACUGAGUGGCAAUCAAUUUCACAUGCUGUUGUGCAAAUGGGAUAGACAACAGGUGGAAAUUAUAGGCAAUUAGCAAGAGAGCCCCAAUAAAGGAGUGGUUCUGCAGGUGGUGACCACUUCUCAGUUCCUAUGCUUCCUGGCUGAUGUUUUGUUCACUUUUGAACGCUGGCGGUGCUUUCACUCUAGUGGUACCAUGAGACGAAGUCUACAACCCACACAAAUGGCUCAGGUAGUGCAGCUCAUCCAGGAUGGCACAUCAACAUCAAUGCGAGCUGUGGCAAGAAGGUUUGCUGUCUGUCCACGUAGUGUCCAGAGCAUGAAGGCGCUACCAGGAGACAGGCCAGUACAUCAGGAGGCCGUAGGAGGGCAACAACCCAGCAGCAGGACCGCUACCUCCGCCUUUGUGCAAGGAGGAGCACUGCCAGAGCCCUGCAAAAUGACCUCCAGCAGGCCACAAACCGUCAGAAACAGACUCCAUGAGGGUGGUAUGAGGGCCCGAUGUCCACAGGUGGGGGUUGUGCUUGCAGCCCAACACUGUGCAGGACGUUUGGCAUUUGCCAGAGAACACCAAGAUUGGCAAAUUUGCCACUGGCGCCCUGUGCUCUUCACAGAUGAAAACAGGUUCACACUGAGCACAUGUGACAGACGUGACAGUCUGGAGAUGCCAUGGAGAACGUUCUGCUACCUGGAACAUCCUCCAGCAUGACCGGUUUGGCAGUGGUCAGUAAUGGUGUGGGGUGGCAUUUCUUUUGGGGGCCGCACAGCCCUCCAUGUGCUCGCCAGAGGUAGCCUCACUGCCAUUAGGUACCGAGGUGAGAUCCUCAGACCUCUUGUGAGACCAUAUGCUGGUGCGGUUGGCCCUGGGUUCCUCCUAAUGCAAGACAAUGCUAGACCUCAUGUGGUUGGAGUGUGUCAGCAGUUCCUGCAAGACGAAGGCAUUGAUGCUAUGGACUGGCCCGACCUUUCCCCAGACCUGAAUCCAAUUUAGCACAUCUGGGACAUCAUGUCUCGCUCCAUCCACCAACGUUACGUUGCACCACAGACUGUCCAGGAGUUGGCAGAUGCUUUAGUCCAGGUCUGGGAGGAGAUCCCUCAGGAGACCAUCCGCCACCUCAUCAGGAGCAUGCACAGGCGUUGUAGGGAGGUCAUACAGGGACGUGGAGUCCAGACCUCCAUGGGUUGAAAAGAUUGAUUUCCAUUUUCUAAUUUUUGUGUGAUUUUGUUGUCCGCACAUUCAACUAUGUAAAGAACAAAGUAUUUCAGAAGAAUAUUUAAUUCAUUCAGAUCUAGGAUGUGUUAUUUUUGUGUUCCCUUAAAUUUUUCGAGCAGUGUAUGUAUGUGUGUUACAAAAUAAUGCACACAGGCUAUACUAGUAUAGUAAAUAAUAAAAAAAAUUAUAUAUAUAUUUUUUUAUCCAUUUAUGUAACUGUUUCCCAGCUAUUGCCUUUAUGACAAACCUCCGCCAAGCUAUAAAAGUAUUAAGUUUUCCGUUUGAUGUAAUAGCUUCUCUUUUAAUGUCCUACAUAUCAAAUGUAAUGUGGCAAGUUGGGAUUUUCCAUAAAUGCCAUCUCUGUGCCAGAGUGUGAUUUAUUGCACGUUGCUGCUGUUGUCGAAGUUGUUCCAAUAUUUUCACUUCUUGGUUUAUCAGCAGUUGUUUAUAGAGAUGCUUGUUUGACUAAGUAUGUACCUUUUUAUGUUUCUUCUUUUCAGUCUGUACGUACUGCAGUGCAUGCUGUGGCCACCUUCAACUCCAUCAAGGUAUAAACUGGAUCCUAAGUUUCACUUGGUAUAUUGGCAUUUAUAAUACGAUAAUUGUAUAAUCCACAUUCCGUAUCUCUAAUUGAAAUUCCUCCAUAGAUAGCCCGUAUCAAGAUGCUCGUUUGAGCCACACCAGAAGUAUUUACAAAGCUGCACUGAUUUUACUAUAAGUCAAUACUGAGGAGUUAGAUUCUCUGCAUGUGAGACCUUAUUUACAUAAAACAGUGCCCUCUGUUGGUCUAUCCAAGCAUCUUCCCAGGAAGGAAACAUUUCUAUAAUUGUAGUGGAAUGGUGUUCUAUCUUCUUAAUGACUGUCCUGUAAUUUCUUAACCUGCUACAGGAACUGAAUGAGCGUUGGAGAUCCCUGCAGCAGUUGGCAGAAGAGAGAAGCCAACUCCUGGGCAGUGCCCAUGAAGUGCAGAGAUUCCACAGGUAUAAAGAGUUGUUAGAAGUUCUCUGUAUUACCUUUUGAGCAUUAGUUGUAAGCACUCUCCUUACUAAACUUUUUUUCUUUGGGAGUUUAUCAUCUUUCCCAUAAUACAAUCUGCUAGAUCACUAGUGAUCUACAAGCACACUAGGUUCAUGUACUCUUUACUUUAUUAUAAUCACCAGGUCAACACAUAUGUUUAAUGAUCUGAUACACCGUGGUCUACUCAAUGCCACAUGAAUUUAUUAGCUUAAAUUAACUUUAUUUUUUUCUUCUUCAUAAAAACGUAAUAGAUGGUUUUUGAGGUAUAUUCGGUUCCUAGUGAAGUCAUUUGCUGGUCUCCAGUCUUUAAAAAAAAAUUUUUUUAAAAGCACUUUUUUUCCUUUUGUGCAGAGAUGCUGAUGAGACUAAAGAAUGGAUUGAGGAGAAGAACCAGGCUUUAAAUACAGACAGCUAUGGACAUGAUUUGGCUAGUGUCCAGGCUCUGCAACGAAAACAUGAGGGAUUUGAACGUGACCUGGCAGCUCUUGGUGAUAAGGUCAGGAUCCAAACAGUUGUCUUCUUCGAGUAAAAGAAGUCUUGAGUGAGCUGUUCUACAAUGUAUUUAUUUCUCCAUUCAGGUGAACUCGUUGGGAGAGACUGCUUUGCGUCUGAUCCAAUCACAUCCAGAAUCUGCAGAUGACAUCCAGGAGAAGUGCAAAGAGCUCAACCAGGCCUGGAGCAGUCUCGGCAAAAGGGCCGACCAACGUAAGAAGAAACUGGAAGAUUCUCAUGACCUACAGCGCUUCCUGAGUGACUUCAGGUAAAAACAUGCAAGUUGGCUGAUAUGUGGAUAAAUCAGUGUUUUACUAAACUUGUAUUUUCAUUUAGUAGUGAUAUGAUCAAGCAUGUAUCAAAGAGGACCUCUCACCACUUCAUAUUUAACAUUUAUUUAUUUGAAAAUAAAUACACUGGUAACCAGGAACCCAGAACACAUACAUUGUGUAAGCGUAUCUCUGUGGAGUUUGCAUGGUGAGGAAAGGGAAUGGGUAUCUUUGGUGUCCCAAACAAGGUUUUCUUGCACUUCCCCUGCCCAGUGCUUUAAUUUCUUAACAUAUAUACAGACCUUCCCCCCAUCGUUUAAAUAUGCACACAAACAACUAAGUGCAAUCACCAUCCUGGCAGCUCGAAAUUUAAUAGCCUGCAACUGGAAAUCCACACUCUGUCCUACCAAAGCCAAAUUAUGGGAUAAAAUACAGCAAUACUACACGUACGAACGUAUGACCGCUCCUGACGCAAAAACAACACAAAGAUUCCACACGACCUGGGCCCCCUGGGUAACUUUAUACGACAACAAACAAUAAGAGCUGUGUGACAAACGGACAGACACCCCCAACCUGUGACAACCCACAGAAUAGAAGCCCACGAUAAGCAUGAAAAUGUUGUAUAGGACGCUCAAUGAACGAGCGCAUAAAACACCUCCGCAACUGUGUAGACUCCCCCAUGCAACUAAAAGCUGUAUGGGAACCCUUGUACAUGUUACUUGUUACCGUGCUAUAUGUUAUACCUAUUGUUGCCUUGUAUCCACAACUUUUUGUAUUCUUGUGAUACUACAUAUCACCCACUGUUCAGUUUUUGUAAACAAUGAAACAAAAUCCUAAUAAAAACUAUAUUGGAAAACAUAUAUACAGACCACAUUGCACAUCUUAUGGCUCACACCUUACUACAUACCAUACAGCCACAUUUUGUCAGCAAACGUAUGACAAGGCAAGCUUUUAUAUACAUAUAUAUUGAGUAUCUGGUUUGUUUGUUUUUUUUCCCCUCCCAGGGACCUUAUGUCCUGGAUUAAUGGUAUCCGGGGCUUGGUGUCAUCAGAUGAACUCGCAAAAGAUGUGACUGGAGCAGAAGCUCUGCUGGAGAGACAUCAGGUUUGUCCCACAACGCUUAGCAUGUUGUUAGUUUUAACACCAGAGGACUUCAACGUCCAUCGAACGACUGAUUCGAUCUGCCUGACAUAUGCAAAGAGAGGAUUUACACAUCAGUUCUUAAUUGAAAUAUAUGUAAAGAUGUGAGAAGAGCCUUAAAUAUGUUCAGAAAAAGUGGAGCUUAACAAUUUGUAGGAAACCAGUAUGCAGGUAGAACACUUAAACAAUAUAUAUUUAUGCUUUAUUAGAAAGGAGAGAAGGGUAUAAAAGGUACAAUAAAACUUUUCACAAAUAUAAUUUUCAGUUGUAAUAAAUAUAACCAACCUUAGCAGCAAAUUGAGGGUAGUGGGUUGGAGGGCUUUAUAUCUGUUAGACAAGUUUAUUUUAAUUUGGGAGAAUUAACAUAUAUAUAUUUUUUUUCUUUCAAUUUUUUCCCUCUCUUCCUACGCAUUCAGGAGCACCGUACAGAGAUCGAUGCCAGAGCUGGUACAUUCCAAGCCUUUGAGCAUUUGGGGCAGCAGCUCCUGGCUCGUGGGCACUAUGCCAGCCCUGAGAUAAAAGAUAAGCUGGAUAUUUUGGACCAAGAACGGGAAAGUUUGGAAAAAGCCUGGGCGCAACGUAGGAUGAUGCUGGACCAAUGCUUGGAACUUCAGGUAAUGUUUUGCGGUUGUCUGUUGUAUCUUUUUGACUAAUUACUUCGAUUCCUUCGCUAUAUUUCAUCCUCUCCUCUUUACAGCUCUUUAACAGAGACUGCGAGCAGGCAGAGAACUGGAUGGCGGCACGUGAAGCAUUCCUAAAUAGCGAGGACAAGGGGGAUUCCCUGGACAGCGUGGAAGCCCUCAUCAAGAAACAUGAAGAUUUUGAUAAGGCCAUUAACGUUCAGGUUUGUAUUUGACCACACAAGAAGUAAAACAAGAGUCACUGUGUGCGCUGUGAGGUUCCCUGUCCUCUUGUGUGUAGUCUUAACUUUUAAUUACUCAAGUGACUGUCUCCUUCAGACUCCCUUCAUCUCCUGACGGUCCUGCAAGUUGAGCAAUACAAUCUUCGAUCUGUAGUGGAGUUUUAUGGUCAUAUGAUCAUCUGAUGUGUUCUCAUUCUCUUUGCAGGAAGAGAAGAUUGCUGCCUUGCAGUCUUUUGCUGACCAGCUGAUAACUAAUGACCAUUACGCCAAAGGAGACAUUUCUGCACGACGCAAUGAGGUCUUAGACAGGUAGGUUUGGGCUGCAGUGGACUUUGUGGAGGGCAGGUGGUCUUGUCUCGCAUUCUGCUUAACUAUAUGGUCUCAUGUAGAUGGCGCCGCCUAAAGGCCCAGAUGAUUGAGAAGAGAUCAAAGCUGGGAGAAUCUCAGACUCUGCAGCAGUUCAGCAGAGAUGUUGAUGAGAUUGAAGCCUGGAUCAGUGAGAAAUUACAGACCGCCAGUGAUGAGUCCUACAAGGAUCCUACAAACAUCCAGGUGUGUGCCAUAUAGUUAUUGUAAUCUUACUACAGGUUAGAAUCGAGGAAAAGAAGAAAAAAAUCCAGAAAGACAGAGAACAUAUGUACUGGGGUUUCCGGUGACACUGGAAGUCCUCAUGCAGAGCGUGAGAAUGUCCAGUGUCAUUUAGCUGACCAAAAGUCGCCUAAAGACCCAGAAAUACCUCUAGUAGCUGUCUGGGCACAGAUUUAUAGCACAGCUAUUUAAAUGGGUUUUUUAACGUCCGGAAAGUUAGUAGCUCCUCAGGAAUUGUUGACGUGAAGGUAUCCCAAGGUUCUGUGUCAUUACUUAACCAUUUUAUUAGCCACAACUGUCUAUAUCUAGCAUCUGAAGGCUUGGCUGUAAGAGUAGUGGUUUAAAAACCAGCUGGCAUGUAAAAGUUGAAUAUCACAAAGUUCUUUUUGAAUCAACCUUCUAUCUUGGUAGCCAUUAUCCAUUUCAUUUGUCUUGACUAUAUGGAAGGACAGGGAGCUUACAGAGCUUUUUUACAAAAGCACGUUUUUUUUAGUAGAUUACUCUGGGAUAAACGGGGUUUUUGAUCUUUUAUCUGGUAAACUGAUACACAAAAUUAAGUGGUUAAUUGCUCAUCAAAGUAGAAAGUCUUAUUCCCAAUCCAAAGGCUAAUUGCUGUGAUAAUUAGCUGAUGUUCAUAUAAUGUUUCUUGUCAAGGUCAAAGUGUUAUGAGAGUACUCAAAACCUUCUCUUCUUAAUCUGUUUUAUAGCUUUCCAAACUCCUGGUAAGUGGGCAGGAUAUUGUUUUCUGUAUGUGUCUCACCUUCGUGUGCAGUCAUUUGUUUUGGUUACAUUGUUUGUUUGAAGCAAGCCAUCCAUGUCUUGUUUUUAAUUCUAUUAUCUACCAGCUUUUGUAUUUUUAUUUAUUUUAUUUUUUGUUCCCAUCAGUUCAAGCUUUUUUUGUUGCCAGUAGUUGUUUUGUUAUUUCAGUAGGACAUGUUUUGCAUGAUGUCCGAUGAUAAUUUAAACAUUGCAGGCAACCCAAUCCUAUACAGUUUUUAGUUGUUUAUUAAACCAUUCUUAAGAGUAAGCUUACGAUAAUCCAACAUCUGUGGAAAUAUUAGGUUCUGUGAAUGUUAUCUGGCCGCUUCACAGCAAACCAUUAGGCUAGCCUUAUUUAUUCUCUGCUAGGUGGCCGUACAAUAGCACUACAUUUGUAUUUGGUCAUCUCCAUUAAAGUAUUUCAAUACCCUGGUGUCAGGUUAUUUUGACAUUUAGGAAAUGGAAUGGUACAAACUUAUUAACAGCCAUAUUGGAGGUUCCACCACCUCAUAAAAGUUAACCGGCAUAGGAAAUUGCUGUCAAUAAGAUUGUAAAAUUUACACAGAUAAAAGGAGUAUAAAUCGCAGUAUAAUAAGUAUGUCUCAGAGGUUUGUUUAGCUUUUAAUUUUACCCUGGCCAAGUCCAAAACAGAUUUGGAUCUCUUGAACCAUUACGGGCAUGCAUUACGGAGCCAAGAGGAUUAUGUGAAUGGAUUAAAAUAAAAACAUUUAAAAUAACUCUUCAUGCAAAACAUGUGUCGUGGCUGUUUGGAUUUCCAAAAAAAGCUGCCUCUUGUGCAAUUUAUGUUUCCAUGCAUCAUUUAGGGUGUUAUAAGGACCCUGAUCGCUGCCAUCUCUGUAUAUUCCUCACUUAAAGAAUUCGGUUAUAGAGUCUAGUUCCCUGAUAUUUAAUAUGUUGAGAUCUAUCAGCUCUCCCAGAGCCAGCAAUUGUGCUUUACCCCACCUUAAAUUUAGUCCUGGCUAGUGGAUUCUGGGUUGAGAAUUUCAGCAUUACACAGAGCAUUUAUAAUUUGACAUGUUUUCUUCACCUCCUUUUAGAGCAAACAUCAGAAACACCAGGCUUUUGAGGCAGAGCUUCAUGCCAACGCUGACCGUAUCCGCGGUGUCAAAGACAUGGGGAACUCUCUUAUUGACCGUGGUGCUUGUGCUGGGAGUGAGGAUGCUGUAAAGGUAAGCUGCGAUUGGGCAAAGCAGCAAUUUCCUGAAUUUAUGGAUCAAUUAAUAUAUUGUAUCUGGCACUUAGUGAUACCAUAUAUCUUUUGGGUUUCUUCACCCCUCAGGCAAGGCUUGCUGCACUUGAUGAUCAGUGGCAAUUCCUGGUGCAUAAAUCCGCAGAGAAAAGUCAAAAACUAAAGGAAGCAAACAAGCAACAAAACUUCAACACUGGCAUCAAGGACUUUGAUUUUUGGUUGUCAGAGGUAAGAGAUGUAAACGGUUUGAUGUACUGGAUAUCGAUCGUUUGCUUGGCAUCUUUCUAAAGCAGAAUCUUUGUGGACGGGGGUUUCUCAUGUGGCAUGAAAAAGUAUAGUGACGAGUAUGUCUUUUGUAAUAAGGUGGAGGCCCUCCUGGCUUCAGAGGAUUAUGGGAAGGAUCUGGCAUCUGUCAACAAUUUGCUGAAGAAGCAUCAGUUGUUGGAGGCUGAUAUCUCUGCACACGAGGUGAGGAAAUAUGUACAAGGGUGUAGAUUGCUGGGUGCCUUGGGUGAAGGUUGAAAUUAAGUGGAGAAAUACUAUACCAAGUAUUGUGAUAAACAAUAUUGUACUUAUUUAUCCCGAGUUAGCAGGAAAUAAUGUUGAUCCUUUUUUUACCAACCAGGACCGUCUGAAGGAUCUGAAUGGACAGGCAGACAGUCUAAUGACUAGCAGUGCCUUUGACACAACCCAAGUAAAGGACAAGCGUGAUGCUAUUAAUGACCGCUUCCAGCGCAUCAGGAGCAUGGCAUCUGCACGCCGCAGCCGGUUGAAUGAGUCCCACCGGCUUCAUCAGUUCUUCAGGGACCUCGAUGAUGAAGAGUCCUGGAUCAAGUAUGUGCAAAUGGAAUGAAACUGGAAAACUAAAAUUUACUUUUUAGAUUAUUCUGUGUAAAUCUCAAAUGCUGAGCGUUUUAUUGUAUUUAUUUUUUUGUGCAACUUCCCAGAGAGAAGAAACUGCUGGUCGGGUCUGAUGAUUACGGCAGAGACCUGACAGGUGUGCAGAAUUUGAGGAAGAAGCACAAGAGGUUGGAAGCAGAGCUGGCAGCCCAUGAGCCAGCCAUCCAGGUAAGCAUGUGACCAGUAUAUGUUGUACUUGGUGUGACUGAUGUUUCCUUGGGUCUUCUACACAGUACAUAAAAUAUACAUCUAUACUGCCUUCAAUGUGGGAAUCCAUAGAAAUAAUGUGACAAACUCAACAACCACAAAAUGCUCUUUGGAUAACUGAGACUCUUCAAUAUACUGAAAUGGUUAUUCAAUGUAAUUAUUGGCUUUCCCUGGAUGCUACAGUUUAAAGACUCUUGUAGUAGUACUGUGUGCCUUGUACCAUGUAAAAUAGCCAUUUUAAAGCAAUCUCCAUGGAAACCAAUGGAAUGUUGCUGACCAUGUCACUCUUAGAACUUUGUCCUAGAAUUGUUCCCAAUAAAAAGAACCCUGUUCCCAGUAAAUGGACUUGUGUAUAUUUAAUCUUUCAUUAAGAGGUGAGAUGUGUGCAUGUAUAGGUAAUGAGGGUUUCUCUUGUGUUCAUUUUCAUACACUGAUUUUGCAGGGAGUGCUGGAGACUGGUAAGAAACUUGCGGAUGACAACACACUAGGCAAAGAUGAGAUCCAGCAGCGCCUGGCUCAGUUUGUGGAGCACUGGAAAGAACUGAAGCAGCAAGCUGCGGCUCGGUAAGCACAUGCAAAGCUUAAAGUCUGACUUCACAUUUGCUCUAUUGUACAGAUGCAUUUCUUUGAAAACCGGGUUUUCACUACAGUGGCAAUUAAGCGGUGGAAAAACUGGAGAACUGCUGCUUUAAAGGCUACUGCUGGUUAUCCCAUGACCAAUGCAACAGGGUUUAUUCACUAGUCUUGUUUGGGCCUCUUAUUGUCUCUAAUCUUAUCACCACCUCACAUGACAAGAGGGCAAGGUUUUGGUCAAAUUAUUGAAUCUGUGAAGCCCUAGUCUCCUACAUGAAUAUGCUGCAAGGAACAUAGUUCAGACCAAACUGUUUGCUGUUUAAGUCAGAGAGGUAUCCUGGUUUAAUCACUAGUCCAUGUUUAACAUUGGUUGUUUCUGCAGUGGUCAGAGGCUGGAAGAAUCCCUGGAGUAUCAGCAGUUUGUUGCCAAUGUAGAAGAGGAAGAAGCCUGGAUAAACGAGAAGAUGACUCUUGUUGCCAGUGAAGAUUAUGGCGACACUUUGGCUGCCAUCCAAGUGAGUAUAGCCCAAGGUGUUAAAAAGUUUCAAAUCAAACUUAUGUCCUUCGCCUGGAAUGUGUAUAAAACAUAGCUACAUAGGCAGAAAAGAGACAAGUUCAGCCUUUCCCUACGUCUGUUUUUGCUGUUCUUUCAAAAGAAGGCAAAGAACUAAAGUUUAAAGCGCUUUCCAAUUUUGCAACAAACUAGGGAAAGAAAAAAAUACCUUUUUGACCCCAGAAUGGCAGUCAGAUCAGAUCUCUCCUUGGAUCAAGAAGCAUUACCCCACUAAUUAAAACUAAAUCCCUGAAUAUGUCUGUGCAAGUAUUCAUCCAGUUGCUGUUUAAAGAACUGUAUAGACUCUGAUAAAACCACCUCUUCAGGCAGAUAAUUCCACAUCCUUAUUUUUCUAACUGUAAAAAAAGAAUUAAUUUGCCUUAGACUAAAUCUAAUUUCUUUCAGUCUAAAUGUGUCAUGUGUAUAGUCCUGUUUAUGAAUAGAUUUCCAGACAUGUAUGUUUCUGUUAUAUAUGCAUAAUGCCAUCAAUUUAUUCAUAUAAUGCUAUUAUAUCCCCUCUGAGGUGCAGUGUUUCCAAACUAAAGAGAUUUAAAGUUGCUCACCUUUCUUCAUACCUAAAAUGUUCCAUUGCCUUUAUUAAUUUUGAAGCCUGCUUUUGCACUUUUUCUAGUGCUGUAAUAUUCAAGGAGUGGUCUUACUGGUGAUUUAUAAAGGGGCAAAUUAUAUUUUCAUCCCUAGAAAUAUUGCUACUUUUUAUACAUGACAAUAGCUUUUGCCCCAAGUAGAUAUGUACUCGUAAAGCUUCCACCUUUUCUUUCACAUUCCACUUGCUUAAUACUUGACAAACAUAUUGUUGUAACCAUUUAAGUUUCAUCCCACCAUAAUUCAGCCUAUUAUGUCAUAUAGCUUAUCACCAACUGUAAUAUUUCUGUUCUCAGGGAUUACUGAAAAAACAUGAAGCUUUUGAGACAGACUUCACUGUCCAUAAAGACAGAGUACAUGAUGUCUGUGCUAAUGGAGAAGACCUUAUUCACAAGGUGAGUAGUAGGACACCGAGCAGCUGAGUGAUCUCCACAAGCCAAACUGAAUUUACAGUACUAAGUCUCCUUUUUGUCCCUGCUAGAAUAAUCAUCACGAGGACAACAUAAACGCUAAGAUGGCUGGACUGCGAGGGAAGGUGGGAGAUCUCGAGAAGGCAGCAGCUCAACGCAAGGCAAAGCUUGAUGAGAAUUCUGCAUUCCUGCAGUUCAAUUGGAAAGCAGAUGUUGUUGAAUCAUGGAUUGGUGAGUUUCUAGAAUAUUUUCCGGUUACUAAAAAGGACAUUUUCGAAUAGCCGUGGGGGAGGGGCAUACAGUGAUAAUUAGAUGUUGCAGAAUAAAAAUAUCUUAACUGUGUUAGAAUGUGUUUUCCCUGCUGAGUUGAUUUAGCCCAAACCUUCAGACUCUUAUUAGCUUAUUACAACUUUUUCAGGAGUGAAUAAUCGGUUCAUUCAGUGAUGAAUGUUGCAUAUGCUCUGCCUUUUAUUGUGAUAAUUCAACAAGUGGGUUAUUUUUAUGGAAAUCACUGUAUUGUCAGUAAUUCACGUUGGGCUUCCCGUUGUCUGUGUCUGAAUACCACAGUUUGACUAUGCCAGUGGUUUUUCUCACAUGUAUACUGAAGUGAGAAUCUACAGGAAAAACGCCCUGGGGUUGCUAUUGUUUUUUGUUUUGUUUUUUUGCCCAACAAUUCCUCUAUCCCUGACCCAUUAUAUUGAAUGCAGAAAACGUUUUACCAGUCUGCACUUGGGGGUACAUUCUCCAGAACCUCUAUAAAUCUGUAGAAUCAUCAGAAAGGCCAUAGGCAUCUGGUGAUUCUUGAUGAGUGUUAAUAAAUUAUUUGGCAACAAUAUGUACAGUUAACCUAUCAAAAAAUUCUUAAUAAAGCAGCAGAGAACAUAAUGGUGUGUGCAAACAUAGUGACCUAAGAGGUAUCAGAGUUUGUAUUUUUUACGGCUUGAUCACGGUUUGAACAAUCUUAAUGAACGUCUUCAUUAGGUGAGAAAGAAAACAGCCUGAAGACUGAUGACUAUGGAAGAGAUCUAUCAUCUGUACAGACUCUUCUUACUAAGCAGGUGUGUAAAGACCCACAAGGACUAUAGCUCUGAGAUUUUAGACUGUCACUUGCUGAUCCCUGGUGUCUCUUCUUCAGGAAACCUUUGAUGCUGGACUUCAAGCAUUCCAGCAAGAGGGCAUUACUAAUAUCACUGCUCUGAAAGACCAGCUACUGGCCGCCAAGCAUGUGCAGUCCAGGGCCAUUGAAUCCCGCCAUGCCUCCUUGAUGAAACGCUGGAACCAAUUGCUAGACAACUCCGCUGCACGCAAGAAGAAACUGCUGGAGGCUCAGGAACACUACAGAAAGGUGAGCCCUGCUUUCACUUGUAGACAUGGUCACUUCUGUGGGACAUAGGACUUUCCUAAAAUUCUAAAAAUUCUUCUUUCCUUUGUUUCCAGGUUGAGGAUUUGUUCCUGACUUUUGCCAAGAAAGCAUCUGCCUUUAACAGCUGGUUUGAGAAUGCCGAGGAAGAUCUGACUGACCCCGUACGCUGCAAUUCCUUGGAAGAAAUCAAAGCUCUGCGCGAAGCACACGACGCAUUCCGCAACUCCCUCAGUUCUGCACAGACAGACUUCAGCCAGCUAGCUGAAUUGGAUCGACAGAUCAAAGGUUACCGUGUGGCCUCCAACCCUUACACCUGGUUCACAAUGGAGGCCCUAGAGGAAACUUGGCGGAACUUACAAAAGAUUAUAAAGGUAACCGCACUAUGGAUUUUUAACAGGAACUAAAAUUCUAGGCUUUAUACUCAACAUUUCUCGGUUUUCUUCCAGGAAAGGGAGCUUGAACUGCAAAAGGAACAGAGGAGGCAGGAAGAGAAUGAUAAAUUACGACAGGAAUUUGCCCAACAUGCCAAUGCAUUCCACCAGUGGAUCCAGGAGACCAGGUUACUGAUGGUUCCAUUUGCUGGCAUCUCUUCCCUUCUAUGAUUUGUGCUCUUCUCUGUGUGUCCAGUUGUAAUUUCAGACUGACUUUGUAAUUGUGUUCCUUAAUUGCCAGUCAUCCAAUUUAAAAAAAAUAAUUUUUAAUGAUUAACUGUAAAUCCGUGAUGCUUAAUCGAUUUCUGUUUUUUUUUUUCCCCCUCACUUUGCUGCUACCUUUCGUUUGUGUCUAUCCAUAGGACCUACCUGCUGGAUGGGUUAGUAUUUUGGUGUUUUUAAACAUUUGUGUGUGGAUGGGCUGACUGAGGUGUAGUGUGUGACAUCACUGAGCACACAAAUCAUUUUUGUAAUGUGGCUUUUCAGCAGUAGGGGGACACCCCACUCUACAUACGGGGGUUAAAUUAUGUAUGUGAUAACUUUUUACCAAAACCUCUAAACAGUAUCUUGCCUGCCUUCUUCGAAGCCUGUCCAGCUUACCUUGGUUGUUCAAAAAGAAAUCUGCAGCAAAAGGACUCUGCAGGCAUUCAGUUAUUGAAAUCCUUACAAGAAAUGGCAAAGACCUGGUUCACUAUAUCUUUCUCUUUAAAGUGGUCGCCUACUAGAUCUGAUCUGUUGUUUUUUCUCCCCUUCCUCUAUUUUUGCUUGUAACCUUGGUGAAACAUUUGACUUAUAAUCGUAAUGACUAACCAUUUUAGAAUACGAAUUGUUUGAUUGGAUUGCCCUGAAUGCUAAGGGUAUGAGAGAGAGACCAUAACCACUAGAGUCUAGCUAUCCCCGGUGUGUAUAAAUGUAUCCAAUGCCGCAUGUAGAAUGGAUGGUUGGUCUUUCUGUUGUCUUCUUGACAGUGUUCAGUGUGAGAGGGGAAAUUGACAGCUGGGUUUCUUUUCUUUAAAUAGCAUAGCCUAUCGCAGAGUCAUACGUGUGUAUCAGUAUGAAGUUGGGGAUGAUCUGUCUGGAAGGUUUUUUUCAUCUUCUUUUCCCACUGGUUUUCUGUGGCACUCUGUGAUGCUUCCUCCGUACUAACCCACACUUCCGAGCCUUGUUGCCUAGGCCUGCUGCUGUUUCCAUCAAGCAUGCAUCCUCCAGUUCCGUACUUGCAGAGGGGCCUGGCAGCCUUAUUGCUUUGCAAUGAAUGCACUGCCGGCCUGUUACGCUGCUGGCGAUAUAUUCAUUCAUACUACUGGAACAUGCUGAUACAUGAGCAGGACCCUAAGGGUGAGGAAUGAACAGUUAUUCGUUCCUUGCUCUUGGGAGGGGAAAGGAGACCUGCACAACAAAUGUCUUUCACGUGUACACAGUCUGCGGUGACUUCCUAACCCCCACUUGUCACACAAUACCUCUGUACAGACACCAGUUUGUGAUCACUUGUAGAUUAGGAAUGAUUUGCUGUGUCUAGUUUGGCUGUCUUGUCUUUUUAGUGCAAAAGAAGGUGCAGCGCACUCAGAGUUUGAGCCCCUGCGCCAUACUUAGUUACACAGGUGUGCAAAGCUGUCUACCAAAGUAAUAGGGCUUGUUUGGAGACGCUGGCAUUCAGACAGGGAUUGUAGGGUGUUCAGAUCACUAGUACGAAGAGCUCUACAGCUCCACACCCAUAUGUUUCCCUGAUGUUAGACUGGGGGAGCAGAGGAUCUGUUCCAUCUCUGCACACACUGUAAUGCUUUGUCCCAGCACUGAUGUCAUUUUGACACCCUCUAGUACAGCAGAGCAAACAGGGCUGCCAAGGGUACAACUCCUCCUGCUCCCUCAUCAUACCACCAGGGACAUGAGACCUCUCCCCUAUCUCCCAUACCGGACAGGAAUGUAAUGCAUGGGGACUGUCUUUGAUUUCAUGUUUCCCUCUAAUGACCGGUAGGCACAGUUGUGCUCACGGCCAGUGUCACACAUUCAGCUUUAGCGUGUAACGGCAGUGUGGCGCUUGGCUUGGAGCUAGAAAUUAACAUGCAGCAAGUAAAGACCAUUUAGGACACGACGUGUAGUCACUGAGAGUCCUGAAGAAAGUACAGAGCAUUGUGGCUGCGUUGUGUUAAUUUGCAGCCUCCUGCAUACAGAUUUCUGCCUUCAUGUUCACCUAGUGACUGUAAUCUGUAUCCGUAGGUCAUGUAUGGUUGAAGAAUCGGGAACAUUAGAAUCUCAGCUGGAAGCUACAAAGGUUAGUGGGACUUUGAAAUCAGUGUUCUCCUGAUUAUAUCCAUACUGAACAGUCCUGCAGGUUUUGUGUACUUUAGCGACAAAUAACAUACUAUUCACAUCUUAGGUACUGACUUAAAAUGUAUCUGUCUUAGCAUAUCUUAAAUAUUUUUGACGUGGAAGAUCGUAAAUUCAAUUUAGACAUUGUGGUAGCAAAGGUGCAUAGAUUAUAUUAAACAAAUGACUCCACUAGUUGCUGACUGACACAGUCCUGUCGCAAAACACAGAUUAGGAAACCGCGCACCCAAAAAAAAGUUUUUUUUGUUAUUUUUUUUAGGCUCCUUAAAAUCACCUAUCUUGGCAGAUUAAUAUCCAUAAUUGUUUGCCAAGAUUUUAAGAAGCCUAGUUUAUUUAAUUUUUUUUUUAUGUGUACGUUUUUUCAUAAUCUUCUCAUCCCAGCUUCCAUAUUCCCGUGCAAACACUACUUACAUUUUAAAAAUGAUUUUGUCAUUAACAGAGAAAGCAUCAAGAGAUUCGGGCGAUGAGGAGUCAGCUAAAGAAGAUUGAAGACCUAGGGGCGGCAAUGGAAGAGGCUUUGAUUUUGGAUAAUAAAUACACAGAACAUAGUACUGUCGGGCUUGCGCAACAGUGGGACCAACUGGAUCAGCUGGGAAUGAGAAUGCAGCAUAACCUCGAACAGCAGAUCCAGGCCAGGUAAAUGAUCACCGCUCCGAACAGGGUACUCAAGGUUUUAGGAUUUAUUUUCUUGAUGAGGAAAUAAACAUUUUGCAGUUUUCUGCUUUGUUUGUUUGACACCUCGGUUCUAGCGUAGGGUGAGAGUACCAGUCUAAUACUAGACUUUAAAAAGCCUUUUAAUCUUUGAGGGGAAAAAGUUCCCUGUGAUCUAAAUGGUAACCGCUAAAAUUGCUUUGAAGAGGAGAAAAAAGUCCUACGUUGAGCUUCUCGGCUUAAGUACUUUUAGAUCUAUUAUGACACUUCCAAAACUGGUGUGAGCGUGUGGUGGCAGGUAGAGCUGAACUGUGCUAUGGUUAUAUUGUGCAAUUAGACGCUCUAGUUUUCAUGUAUAACAUAUGGAACCAGCUUUGUAGUUAAGUGAUCUAUGGUUAGAAGCGCACUUCAGUGGUUAAACAUUCUACUGAGCUGCGUCAAGUGAAUACGCGGGGCAAUGAUCGCUAGGAAUUGUUGUCCGCCAGCUAAAUGCAAAAUAUCCGCUCUAGACGUAUUGUACAUUCCCAAUUAAAAAAAACAAGUGUCUAGAUUUUCUACUUUUUGUGCUGGACUUACAGGUCUCUCGUUUCAUUCUUUUUAGAAACACAACUGGAGUAACAGAAGAAGCUCUUAAAGAAUUCAGCAUGAUGUUCAAGUGAGUAUUAAAAGUCAGUUUAAAUAUCCCCAAAAUGUAUGUGUUUUUUGCAAAGGACAAAAGCAUUGCUCUUUGUAAGGAUGUAUUCCUGUGGAACAGAGGGGAAGUGUGGUCUUCUAGAAUAGCUUGCCAUAUGUGAAAUUUGAUGCAUAGUCCUAGCUAGAUUACUACAAAAUUGUGUUCAUUAAACAGUCAGUUUUAAAACUGGUUUCCACAAUGCUUUGUCAUAGUAAAGGCAUGAAAAGCAUCUUAAGAGUUGUAGUUCUACAUUUUGAUUAAAACCAGUAGGCCGUUGGAUUUUGAGCAUAUUUCUUUACCAGAAAUGUGAUGGCUGUAUAACAUUUUUACAAUUUCCUUCAGACACUUUGACAAGGACAAGUCUGGUCGCCUCAACCACCAAGAGUUCAAAUCUUGCUUGCGGUCCCUUGGAUAUGACCUUCCAAUGGUAGAAGAAGGAGAACCAGAUCCAGAGUUUGAAGCCAUUCUGGAUACAGUAGAUCCCAACAGGUAAGUGUAAAUUGAGUGUGUGUGUUUGGGGGAACCUUUUCUAUCCAAGACUGACCAUAUUCUGCACCUGACUAGAUUGAUCAGUCAUUAAGUUAAUAUACGGUUGUAACUUUUUAAUAAAAUUUUUUAUUUCCUCCAAGAAUUCUCCAAAUGUAAUGUUGUAGUCUAAGCAGUACUGGCAUGUUAUCAGCCCCCAUGAGUAAGCACUAUGGGUCUGUUGGUGUAUACUGUAGAAUACACAAUGCAACGUUUAAGAUAAAUGAGAAACAAAUGCAUAUAAUCUAGUUAGGCUUCUGUGAGUGUGGCUGAAUAUUUGUAAGUUGUGUCUUGAUUUUUUUUUUAUGCUGUUAAGUGGUUUUACUUUUCUUAUUUCCUUUCAGAGAUGGGCACGUGUCACUACAGGAAUACAUGGCAUUCAUGAUCAGCAGGGAGACUGAAAAUGUCAAGUCCAGCGAGGAGAUUGAAAGCGCAUUCCGGGCCCUCAGCACUGAGCAGAAACCAUAUGUCACAAAGGAAGAGCUGUACCAGGUACGCCAUUCAGUGCGGAGUAGAAUGUAACCGCUCUGCACAAAGGAAAAGGCUGACUCUUUAAUUUUUGUUUUGCCCACUGUGACUAGUUUAAAAAGAUAAGACCUUAACUAUAUUAAAGUAGCAAAGCUAGCUCUGUAUUUCUUGUGUUCUAGCCUAGAACUUAGAAAUGCCUACAGCGGCAGUUGUUGGACAUGUUUCAGAUGGUGCCUGAGCAUCAUGGGAAAACAUGAACUGCAACAGCUGUGAUGCAAAAGGUUAAGUGAAAAUACAUGGUGGUAUGUAUACGCCUCUACCACCACACAAGCCAUGCAUGUUAAUGCACUUACUAAAUGGCACCAAUAGAUUCCACAGCACUUUACAAUUCUAGAAAGGGGAUAUUUGAAAGCCUUGCUCAAACAAGCUUAUAAUCUGAGGAAGGUAGAUGUAUAUCAUUGGGUGUCUCAUCCAAGGACACUUACUGGUAAGUUGGCCUGACAGGGAUUCAAACCGUAGUUUCAUUAAAGGAUCACUAUAGUGUCAGGAAGACAAAUCUGUUUUCCUGACACUAUGGUACCCUCAGGGUCCCUCUCCCGUGGUGCUGAGGGUGUUAAAACCCCUUCAGUUACUCACCUUCUUCCACCACCGUCAGCUGAGCGGAAUGCGCAUGCGUGGCAGUGCCGCACACAAAGUGUCCAUAGGAAAGCAUUUUUCAAUGCGUUCCUAUGGACGCUCUGUGUGAUAGAGGCAUAUGCCUCCACUGUUGCAGAUGUGCCUCUAUUGGCUGUCCGGAAGACAGCCACUAGAGGCUGGCUUAACCCCAAAUGUAAACAUAGCAGUUUCUUUGAAACUGUUUACAGCAGGCAGGGUUAACCCUACAGGGACCUGACACACAGACCACUUAAUUGAGCUGAAGUGGUCUGGGUGACUAUAGUGUCCCUUUAAGCCUGGAAUUGACCUGAGAAUUGCACGUUUUAUGAACAAAAUAAAUUUCCUGCGAACACAAUCCUGUAUUUUUUUUAUUUGACAGAGAUAUAUAUUUACAUUCACUUAAUUUCUACUAUGUCUUUGUUUUUCAGAACCUGUCACGUGAACAGGCAGACUACUGCAUCUCACACAUGAAACCUUAUAUGGACAGUAAGGGCCGUGAACUGCCCUCUGCAUACGAUUAUGUUGAAUUCACGCGCUCACUAUUUGUGAACUGAUGUAGCCGAUUUAAAGCCUGGCUUUGACUUAUAUCUGCUGAAUCUGGCCGUGCAUGUGUCUCUUGCUCUACCCCAAAUCUGCACUGUACCUUCAAUGUGUUAGCCAAAUGACAAAGCAAUAGAAGCAGUGUGCUUUAAUAAACGCUAAUUAUUCAACGGGGUGUCUUUCUUUAAUGACAAAUACAACAAUGACAGUGAAUUGGUUUUUAUCACUGCUGUAAUUGACCACUCUAAUAUCCAUAGGGCAAUAGCAUUCAUGAACUAAUUAAAUUUAAAACAACUUUAUUUUACUAGUUUAUUUCCCCCUUCCAGUCUGAUAAUUAAUAAGAAAUAUGAACAAGAUAAGCAGCAAUAGUCUUUUAUCCCAGCAGUUAGUCUGUGAUCUCGCUGGCUAUGCCAUCAAGUAUUACCAGCUCUCUGGCUCCUUGUUCUGUAAAAUCAGAGCUUAACUGCCAUAUCUUUAUGAAGCCAUUUGCGUCGCCAGCUGCCAGCAGCUUUUUCUGUGAACGAUUGAACUCAAGGCAGUAAAUGGGUCUUCCAUUAUCUGUCUGCUUUAUGCACAGUGAAGGCUUCUGGGAGCUUUUUGCGAGGUCAAAUAACAAUAGUUCCCCUUUAGUGGAAAAACAAAGGCAUUAGUUAUAUUUUCCCUUAUAGCAUCACUCUGUGAUAGGGGAGAGCAUUAACGUUUUAACAAUUAACUAGUGGGUUUGCUAACUGUAUGAUGCAAUGUUAUUUUAAUAAAACCAACAGACCUUAGAAAUGUCCAUCCUGUAUAACAUUCUAGUACUUUAGAUGGAAAAUGCUGAAGAAAUUUACAUUUUGUAUAAAAUAAAAAUUCAACAUUAAUGUGGCUCUGUCACCUCAAACAUUCCUCAUCUUCCUCACAGAAUCUGCUUUUCUUCAUUUCUGAUCUAUUUCUCUUUAAAACAUAAGACCAAGUUGGGGAUUUUUCUUAUGUAUUUUUUUUCUAUACUAAGCGUGGCACUUAAGACUAGCUUCACUUGCUUUGUCACAAUAGUAGAGCUUGACUCACACGCCACCCCUUGUCAAGCAUAGGAAAAAUAUAUAAAAAAAAGGCAGUCCCUACUUUGUUUUAAAGAGAAAUCGAAAAGAACAGAUUCAGGUGAUAGGAAACUAUAG